UAGUGUAUGCAGUGUGUGUGUGUUGUACUAGUGUAUGCAGAGUGUCAGUGUAGUGUAUGCAGUGUGUGUGUUGUACUAAUGUAUGCAGAGUGUGUGUCAGUGUAGUGUAUGCAGUGUGUGUGUGUUGCACUAGUGUAUGCAAAGUGUGUCAGUUUAGUGUAUGCAAAGUGUGUGUCAGUGUAGUGUAUGCAGAGUGUGUGUUGUACUAGUGUAUGCAGUGUGUGUCAGUGUAGUGUAUGCAGUGUGUGUUGUAGUAGUGUAUGCAGUGUGUGUGUCAGUGUACAGUAUGCAGUGUGUGUGUCAGUGUAGUGUAUGCAGUGUGUCUGUGUUGUACUAUUUGACAGUUUUUACAGAUCAUAACCAUUAAUGACUGAACUCUUUUUACAUGUUUCUGUGCAACAGUCCUUCGUAUUUGGUGCUGUUGGCUCAUUUGACUGGUCGGGAGGAAUGUUACUUUAUCAAACUCAGCAUCCACACAAAGUGGAAUUUCUCAGAGAAACCAUUUCAGAAGACAAUUCAAAACCAUCAAAAUAUGGAUAUUUAGGUAAGACGACUACAAAAUGGAAUUGUACAUAAUCAAUUUUCUAAUAACUAUUAAUUACAGUAUAAAUAUACAUAGGGGUGCGAUCUGGUUGAUGAGCUUUGGAGACAUCAUAAUAAACCAUGAGAUGAAAAGGCAUUAUUUUCCCUGCAUAAGCAUUUAGGCAUUGUGUGUGUUAUAGUUAUAUAAUGAUUACUUAAAAUAUAUUUUUUUAGAAUUCGCUUUGGAACUUAGUUUAGAAUUUCUUUAAUCAUACAAGUCUCAGCUUCCUGAGAUUGAUUAUAAUUAUGCUCCAAGGCAACAGCUGUUAUUUGCAGCAGCCACAAUAAAUUCAACCUCUCUCUAUUGAAUGAUAUGCUAUAAAAGAAGAGAGAGAGAGUAGCAUACCUUGUCAACAGCAAGUCUCACAGGAUAAUUUACUAAAGAGAGAAUUCUAAGUGAAUUUCAAAUUUAAGGCCAGUAGAUGAACCGAAAACAUAACUGACUUAGAGAAUUUUUAUAGUUUGGCUAUUUUGAUCUUAAAUUUGAAAUUAACUUUGUAAAACAUAUGAAAAGUGCCACCUCACGAAAAUCCUCCCUGCAAUUUGCCCUGUGGUCCCUUAAGGGUUUACAGUGGGCAUCAAAAAACAAAAAUAUUUUGUGUAGAAUCUCACUACGACCCAGUGCCCCACAAGUAAAAAAUGCUUAGUUAAACAAACUUUCCACCAAUGAUUAGUUCCAAAAUCAAGCUCUGCGCAUGUGCUUCAGAAAACUAACAUUUAAAACUUGCCUUGCUUUCUAAUAGCUCGCAGUGGGCAUAUAAUUAAAAGGCCAUACAUGUGUAAAAUUUACAAUACGUUUUUUAUUAACAAUAAAGGUUUAUUUAUAGUCUGGUGCAAUACAAAUUAAAUGAGUGAUCACAGCAAACUUCAGAUCUGAUGCAUCUCAUGUCUUAGACCACUUACUCCUAAAUAUUCUAAAUAAAUAUCAUGUUAAAAACCUCAAACUUUAGUUACAAUAUUUUUAUGACCACCUUUACUUACCACAUUCAUCAUCAUCAAUACUGUCAAUGUCUGGUACCUCACAGGUGUCCGGGUCUCCACUUAGCAUGUGAGAAUGAUACAUAUUGCAUUUUAAUUCUUCAAAAAGGGUACCUUGACUUGUAUGAUGGGCUUCUGAAGGAAUCCACUGCACCAAGAUAAUUGGGUGAAACAAUAUACAUUGUUUAUAUUAGAUUAAAGACUUUAGUACUUGAAAACCUGUAAUGAAUAAAGAAACUGUAUGUACCCCUUGUAUAUCCCAAGUGGAAUCUGGUAAUGCACUGGUUGUCAUUGUCAUUUACACUCUGGUUCAGGAUGUGUGAAUGUGCUUUGAUUUCUCAUCGACUAAAUAGUGCUAGAGAGAUUGUGGAGAGUUUAGGUUAUAAUUAUAAAGUUGGGAAAAUAGCAGCUGUUUUGACCUAAAGGUCACAAUUACAUUUGAAUCCUCAACAGUUAUGGUUUAGUGAGCCAAAUACAAUUGCUGAAUAUUUGAAAAUAUAAAUUUUAAGAAUGCUGAAUUCUUAAAAUAGAUAAGUGUGACGAGACCAAUCUCGCCACAUUGCAUUGGAGAAGCCUGGUUGCUUGCCUGCUGCCUUUGGACUAUGGCCCCCUUUUAAAAGACUUUAUUUUUGCCUGCAGAAAAGCUGUAUUCGUGCUUUUCUGCCUGGGGUUCAGUAGAUUUGUUUGAAUGUGUUAUACCCCAGAUAGGAAUCCCAUGGAGCCCAUUUGUAUGAAACUGACUGUAAAGACUUUGGCUCCAUGGCGAUUAAACUGUAUUCGUGUGGUCUGAGCGCCAUUCACUUAAUAAUGUGCGCUCAGACCUGAGCUAUCUGGGGAUAUGUGAAAUGUCUGUGUUUUAUGUAUAAAUGUGACUUUAUGUAUUUUAAAGUGUUUUGUGUCUUUUUGCAACCAUGUGCUUAAUGGAGUCUUGUGUCUGUCCUGGGAGAUAAUUGAAUUACUUAUCUCCAGGAUAGAAGACUCUGAAACUGGUUUGGGCCAGAAAGCCAUGCUUCAUUUAGUCACAAAGGACUUUUUACUAACUUUUGAACCCCUGGUCUGAUUCAGGCCAUUUUUUAAUAUGUUGUUCCCCUGAAUGGAUUGAUUGUGAAUGUGUAAUUUUAUGUGAAUGUGAUGUAUGGUUUUAGAGUUAUGAAAGUUGGAUAGAAAGUAUGUUUUAACUGUAUGUAUAAUUGAGUUUCCUCUCAGGAUAAGGGGAGGGAAUAUGUGGGAUGUAACUGUGAUGUUAUUGGUUGUUUUAUACCUCCCUGUGGGCGGUCCUGUAUUUGAAAACACUGUAAUAAAAACCAGGCUGGGUGUGCCAGCACCUCAGACCACUGCUUGACCCUCAACACGGAGCCUUGUCUCGUUCUUGGGGGGAUUCACUGUAUGCUGUUAGAGACUGAUUGCCAGGAGUGUAAGCUGAUUGUCUGCUUUUCCUGUUCGUCUGCUAGCAGCUAUUUGGGAGGUUCCAGUUCGGGGGUUGGAGUGCUAUUUUGUAUCCAGUUCGGGAGUUUGGUGUUCUGCAGUAGCUGUGCCUGUAUCUCUGGAAAGGGGGCCGAUCGCCUAAACGGUUUUUACCCCUUGUGUGCAAAACGGUCCGUUACAAUAAGCAUAAAGCCUUUAUCUAUGACUUUCAGUGGUCCUCCUUGUGGUGUAUUACCAAACUAUAUAAAGGAUGUAUACAUAUAAAAUCUGGUCAGUCUAUUUUAUCAAAGAAUGACACACAAUCGAACUAACUAAAUCAACAACAACAACAGCAGCAACUACUAAACCUUAUAACAAAAAAAAAAGCCACCAGAACCCAUUCACAAUUCACCAUGAUAACCUUAGCUCAUGCCUGCUCACAUAUUUGCACAUCUGUUCAGAAAUGCUUAUGGACUCCCAGAGUAACUUAUCUAUACUUACCCAAGUCUGUCUCUUGCUCUCCUGAAGAGCCAUACUCCACUCUCACCUCCAGCUCUGCUACUUUUCCACCUUGUUUGGUGGCUGUCAGCCUUGCUGCCCUGUUGUGUAUUUGUACCACACCUCAUCUAGACUGUAAGCUCGUUUGAGCGGGGUCUUCAUCUACCUAUUGUACCUAUUGCAAAGCACUGCAGAAUUUGUUGGCACUAUAUAAAUACUACUACUACUACUACUACUAAUAAUAAUAAUAAUAGCACAACCAAAAAUGAACAGAGAAGAAUGGAGAUAGAGGGAAGUGGUUAUUUCUUUCUGACUUGUAUAAAUAUUGAAUUACCUAAUUACCAUAUCACAUGGUAAAGCUUAGUCCUCUGCAAGAAAGGCAUACAUGAGCUUGAACACAUGAUCCCUGGUCACUAUAUUAGUUUGAUGAUCGAAUGUCACCGCACUUCUGCCUGUUAAUAUUUAUAAAAACUGAAAACAAUUGUUGACUUUCUCUGUUUCUGAUCCUUCUCCAUACAUAUCAGGAUACAGUGUAACAAUAGCACAGACAAAAAUAUACACCUUCUACAUUGCCGGAGCUCCACACCAUUCCAAUGUUGGACAAGUCAUAGCGUUUGAGGAGGACAUCACUUCCUAUCAUCCCAUUUAUCUAAAAGGAGAACAGGUAAGCUAUAAAACAGUAAUCCUGAAACCACUUUAUAUUAUGAAAUUAAAAAAAAUGUAAACUGAUUUCUUAGUUAAUUUGGUGUAAUGGAAAUUGCCUUACAUUGAGUACAUCCAGACAGUGAGACUUUAUUACUGAGUGUCCCUUAUGUACAGAAAAAUAUCCAACUUUUUAUAUUUUUGUUUCUUUUUCAUAAACAGCUUGGAUCCUACUUUGGUUUUGAGCUCUGCACUGUGGAUAUUGAAUCUGAUGGCUAUACUGAUUUUCUCCUGGUGGGAGCACCUUUCUAUCAUAUUCGAGGAGAGGAAGGAAAAGUUUACGUUUAUAAGAUAAACAACAUGGUAAGAUGAUUGUGUUAUAUACAAAAAUUAUAGAAAACGUUUUGAGAAUAUAUGCGUGGAAAUAGCUAGAGGUAUGUAGCUAGUAUGCAGUAUUGAUUCAUUGUAUAAAUAACUUGUGAUUUUUCCUAAAUCUGUCUGCACAUUGUGAAUUUGUCUAUUGUGUCCAGUUUUCAAGUCAUUGAGUACAUGUUGGGUCUGUUUCAAACAUUGGGCAUAUUUUCUUGGUUCUAUCGGAAUGUCAACUGAUUCUCCCUAGUGUUUAACCUUACUAAUGGAGCAGUUCAGCCUGAGGUGAGCCAACAUAGUCAAGUUAUACACACUGUGUUGUUUAAAAAAGGGAAAGACUAAACACUUAAAGUUAAUUACUAUUAGUGAUGUCCCGAACGGUUCGCUGGCGAAUAGUUCACGGCGAACAUAGUGUGUUCGCGGUUCGAUCCGCCCCCUAUUAAUUUACUAAUACUAAGUAAAAAUUACUUAGUAUUAGUAAAUUGUGCCCCUACUCGCAAUACCGCGAGUAGGGGCAUGUCUAUUAAACAGUGAGCAGCCUGUGGCUGCUCACUGUUAAAAAAAAAAAAAAAAAGGGUCCCUAAAUACUAAUAGGGGGGGACCUAUUGUCCUCCCCCCGGCCCCCACCCAUGAACGGUGGGUGGGGGCCCUAAAAUUAACAAUUAGGGGGGGACCUACUGUCCCCCCCCCGGCCCCCACCCCUGAGCGGUGGGUGGGGGCCCUAAAAAUAACAAUAAGGGGGGACCUACUGUCCCCUCCGGCCCCCACCCCUGAGCGGUGGGUGGGGGCCUUAAAAUUAACAAUAAGGGGGGGACCUAUUGUGUCCCCACAGCCCCCACCCCUGAGCGGUGGGUGGGGGCCCUAAAAUUAACAAUAAGGGGUGGACCUAUUGUCCCCCCCUCGGCCCCACCCCUGAGCGGUGGGUGGGGGCCCUAAAAUUAACAAUAAGGGGGGACCUAUUGUCCCCCCCGGCCCUCACCCCUGAGCGGUGGGUGGGGGCCCUAAAUACAAAGGGGGGAGACCCUAGUCACAAUAGGUCCCCCCCUUAUUGUUAAUUUUAGGGCCCCCACCCACCGCUCAGGGGUGGGGACCGUGGGGGGACAGUAGGUCCCCCCUUAUUGUUAUUAGGGCCCCCACCCACCGCUCAGGGGUGGGGGCCAGGGGACACAGUAGGUCCCCCCCUUAUUGUUAUUUUUAGGGCCCCCACCCGCCGCACAGGGGUGGGGCCGGAGAGGGGGAGGACUGUAGGUCCCCCCUCAUUAUCUUUAUGGCCCCAACCCGCCGCCCAGGGAUGGGGGCCGAGGGGGGAGGACAGUAGGUCCCCCCCCUCAUUAUCAUCAUGGCCCCCACCCGCCGCCCAGGGGUGGGGGCCGGAGAGUGGGAGGACUGUAGGUCCCCCCUCAUUAUCUUUAUGGCCCCCACCCGCCGCCCGGGAGGAGAGUAGCCCCUUCAACCAGAAAGAGUCCCUGUGGGUUUUAAAAUUUGCCUGCCUAUUGAAGUCUAUGGCGGUUCGCCGGGUUCGCCGGGUUCGCGAACACUUGCGGAAGUUCGCGUUCGCGGUUUGCGAACCAAAAAUUUUAUGUUCGCGACAUCACUAAUUACCAUUCUCUGACUGUAAUCAGAACAAAAAUGUCUUACUAGGGUAAACCUCUAUGUGUAUAAAACAAUAACUUGGAAAUCAAACACACAAUAUACCGGUAUACAAAUAAACAAGAUUAGGAGAAGAAUUUUUGAUUAUGCAAAAAUAAAGAAAAAAAAACACAUGCAUGUAAAUGUUUUAAUAGUUAUAAUUUUUUUUCCUACAGGGCAAUUUUACAUUGGUUUAUACACUAGAGCAAAAUUCUUAUUCAUUUGCCAGGUUUGGGUAUUCUGUAGCUAGUAUUGGUGACAUUAAUCAAGACGGUUACCAAGAUAUUGCCGUAGGAGCUCCUCUAGAAGGCCAUCUUGAACAACCUGAUAAUUUUGGAAGUGUUUACAUCUACAAUGGCAAAAAAGAUGGAAUUCGUAGAAUACCCUCUCAGGUCUGUUGAUACAUUGUUAUUAUUUACAUUUGACUCUCAUUUAGCAAUGGCUAAAGUUAUCUUUCUCCUCAUUACUCUAAUAAAGCACCAUUCUAUUAAGCCCAGCAUUGUUGUAUUGGUUAUGAGCGUUUUGCAUUUUUAAUAAAUCCAUAUGAAACUUUAUUACUCUCUUGCAAAUUUUUCAAUCCCAUAUUAGGCAAAUAUCUGCCCUAAAUAAUUUCUUACACUGGACAAAGAAAAUAUGGCUAAGCCAAAAAUAAGGUCCACAAAGUUAAGAGAAGAGAUCAUCGACCUUCGCAAAUAUUUAAAUUGUUUAUUGAAAACCGCUGAAAGUCUGUAAAUUUAUAAAAAUAAACCAGAUUUUUAAUGGGGGUUGAAUAAUUUUGAUUACAACUGUAUAUUGAUUGCUAAUAAUGAUUACUUCCACAAAUAUCUAGUAAUAUGAAGUAUAAAGCUUUAUAGAACAUUAAUUCAAUGUGCAACUAAAGCAUGUAAUGGCAGUACAUGAUAAUGAGUCAAAUAUCUUUUCCACUUCAAAAGCGAAUCACAGCAUUAACAUUGAACAAACAAAAACUGCAGUACUUUGGCCAGUCCAUAGAUGGCGGCCUGGACCUUACGAAUGAUGGUUAUCCUGACAUGUCAGUGGGAGCUCUAGCAAGUGUUAUAGUGUUGAGGUAAGUGGAAAUUCACUUUGGUAUAUAUACAUAUGACUACAAUGUGCAACCUCUCACGUGAGCACUACAGCUUGUUGAGAAACAUUGGUAAGGCAGUUGUUUGUGUGUUUAAGCUCACAGAUCUAGCAUAGAUGAGAAGAUUCUGACUGGUCAGCUGUCUGGGAGGGCUUUUAAUUGCUGAUGCUUUUCCAAGAUGUUUUUCAUAUACACAAAAAGAAAACAUGCAGAAAAAUAUACUUACAUCUUUUCUAUAGGGUAUAUCUACUAAAUAGUUAAGAUAAAAAUAAAUACAUAAAGAAGUGUCCUUUAAAUAAAAUAACCUGCCAAAUAACAUACAUUUAUUUACUGGAUUUGCAUAUUUCUGGACAAGAUCCAGUAGCAAUCUGUCAUGCAAUGGUGUUUGCUAAAUAUGUGAAUCAUAUAUUAUAUUAAUGUGAAAUUUGCUAGUUUCAAGCCAGACAAAAAAUGGAUUUGCUGUGAAAAUUAGGAAAACAAAUCUAGAUGAAAUAUGAUAUUUUUUACUGGAUUUUUUACAUUUGCAUAAAAUGUGGUUUUAGGCAAAUAAACCCCUAGGGAUUUCAAACACAUUUCAGUGACUAAGCCUGUUAGGGGUAUUAAAAUUGCAAAGGGUACUUCUCUGGCUGUUUCCAGAGACCUAUACUAAGCGUUAGUUCAUACUAUUUUUAGCAUUGACAAAAUCUUUCAUUUCUAUUUACUAGUGAUAUUGCAAGUGAAGAGUGUGUCCUCCAUUUUUCAUUUUAAAAAAGUUGCAGAUUUCAAUAGAAAUUGGCACUUUUCUAAAUUAACCUUGUUUUAUCCCUCUGGCUGUCAAUCAGACAACAGGACUUGUUACUUCCUGGUAGUCUAGCUCAGUGGAGCUAAACUCAAGAGGCAGCAAUUGUUCAUAGCACCUGCCUUCCAAAGACUUCUCAUUACAUUAGAAAGUCUGUGAUAGGACAGCCAUAGACUGUCUGGGCAUUGUCAGAAGGGGAGGGUUUAUAAAGGCUCCAGGCAAGAGAUCUGCAGCUGUUUGCAAGCUGUUUUUAGAUAUACCCCCAAUGACAAAAUGAAUAAUUACAUGCAUGCAUAUUUUCAUUAGGAGUAUAUCUAUUAAACAAUGAUUAAAAAAAAUAAAAAAAUAUUUGGGCAACAGAGUGUCCCAUUAACAUUGUUACACCCCACCCCUGACUUUCAAUCAGACAACCAGUCCUGUUACUUCCUGGUUUGAUUAGCUCAGUGGAGCUAAACUCAAGAUGCAGCAAUUGCCCAGAAUACCUGCCUUGCAAAGACUUCUCAUUGAGCUGCAUUGGGAAGUCUGUGAUUGGACAGCCACAAAAAGUCAGGGCGGGAUUAUAAGAGGAGGGCAGACAAGAGAACUGCAGAUUUUGCAAGCUGUUUUUAGAUAUAUUCUUAUUUAAAAAAAAUAAAUCCAUAAAUAAAUGGAUGCCUGUAUUCAUGUGGCGUAUUUCUACUAAAUAGUGCUCUGUUAAUUUUUGUGUGUAUUUGAGCAGAGGAAUGUGCAAACUUUGGUACAUUGGUGCAUCAUUUAGUCAACUUUUCAAAUAGCAUAUUAAAAUUAUAUUCUGUACCUGUUAUUAGUGAUACUUGUGAAGUUUCAUUCUUUGUGGAGACCAUAAUAUAAAUGCAGCAUGGAAGGAUACAUUUACUAGCAAGCAGUGAAAAAGAGUUGGGUCUCUUCACACAUACGCUUAACUUGGCUUUGUUUUUUUUAUAUUUGACAUAAUUUCAUGUAAAUACUUUUUGAAAAUCAAAUUGUUUUAUCUUGUGAUAGGUCUCGCCCAGUUGUUAAAAUAACAGCCAAAGUGCGGUUCAAGCCAAGUGAAAUUCCACUUAUCCUUACCAAUGAUGAACUAAUUGUGGACAUCUGCUUUGACGUUUCACCAUUAAAAGCCACAGGUAACUUUAAAUGAAAACUAAAAUACAACAAUGGAGUGUCGUUAAACCAAAAUCAUAAACUAAAGAAAAAGCCAUAAUAUUUAAUAUCAGGGGUAUUUAUAGGAUAAAAGAACCAGGUACUGAGCCCAUUCACACCUACAGAUGAAGCUAGGUGGUUUAUCCUGUGGAGUUACCAAGAACUCUGACUCUCAUGUGCAGUGAGCAUUAGUGUAUCAUAGAGCUCCACAGCAAUAAAGCUCACAGUAAUGUGCAGUGUGUAUGAGUGUAUCACAGAAAGCCACAGCAAUAAAACUCACAGUAAUGGGCAGUGUGUAUGAGUGUAUCACAGAAAGCCACAGCAAUAAAACUCACAGUGAUGUACAGUGUGUAUGAGUGUAUCACAGAAAGCCACAGCAAUAAAGCUCACAGUGAUGCACAGUGUGUAUGAGUGUAUCACAGAAAGUCACAGCAAUAAAACUCACAGUGAUGUACAGUCAGGUCCAUAAAUAUUGGGACAUUGACACAAUUCUAAUCUUUUUGGCUCUAGACACCACCACAAUGGAUUUGAAAUGAAAUAAACAAGAUGUGCUUUAACUGCAGACUUUCAGCUUUAAUUUGAGGGUAUUUACAUCCAAAUCAGAUGAACAGUGUAGGAAUUACAACAGUUUGUAUAUGUGUCUCCCACUUUUCAAGGGACCAAAAGUAAUGGGACAAGUGGCUGCUCAGCUGUUCCAUGGCCAGGUGUGUAUUAUUCCCUCAUUAUCCCAUUUACAAGGAGCAGAUAAAAGGUCCAGAGUUCAUUUCAAGUUUGCUAUUUGCAUUUGGAAUCUGUUGCUGUCAACUCUCAAUAUGAGAUCCAAAGAGCUGUCACUAUCAGUGAAGCAAGCCAUCAUUAGGCUGAAAAAACUAAAUAAACCCAUCAGACAGAUAGCAAAACAUUAGGUGUGGCCAAAUCAACUGUUUGGAACAUCUUUAAAAAGAAAGAACGCACUGGUGAGCUCAGCAACACCAAAAGACCAGGAAGACCACGGAAAACAACUGUGGUGAAUGACUGAAGAAUUCUUUCCCUGGUAAAGAAAACACCCUUCACAACAGUUGGCCAGAUCAAAAACACCCUCCAGGAGGUAGGUGUAUGUGUGUCAAAGUCAACAAUCAAGAAAAGACUUCACCAGAGUGAAUACAGAGGGUUCACCACAAGAUGUAAACCAUUGGUGAGCCUCAAAAACAGGAAGGCUAGAUUAGAGUUUGCCAAACAACAGCUACAAAAGCCUUCACAGUUCUGGAACAACAUCCUAUGGACAGAUGAGACCAAGAUCAACUUGUACCAGAGUGAUGAGAAGAGAAGAGUAUGGAGAAGGAAAGGAACUGCUCGUGAUCCAAAGCAUACCACCUCAUCAGUGAAGCAUGGUGGUGGUAGUAUCAUGGCCUGGGCAUGUAUGGCUGCCAAUGGAACUGGUUCUCUUGUAUUUAUUGAUGAUGUGACUGCUGACAAAAGCAUCAGGAUGAAUUCUGAAGUGUUAAGGGCAAUAUUAUCUGCUCAUAUUCAGCCAAAUGCUUCAGAACUCAUUGGAUGGCGCUUCACAGUGCAGAUGGACAAUGACUCCAAGCAUACUGCAAAAGCAACCAAGAGUUUUUUUAAGGGAAAGAAGUCGAAUGUUAUGCAAUGGUCAAGUCAAUCACCUGAACUAAAUCCGAUUGAGCAUGCAUUUCACUUGAUGAAGACAAAACUGAAGGGAAAAUGCCCCAAGAACAAGCAGGAACUGAAGACAGUUGCAGUAGAGGCCUGGCAGAGCAUCACCAGGGAUGAAACCCAGCAUCUGGUGAUGUCUAUGCAUUUCAGACUUCAGGCUGUAAUUGACUGCAAAGGAUUUGCAACCAUGUAUUAAAAAGUGAAAGUUUGAUUUAUGACUGUUAAUCUGUCCAAUUAGUUUUGGUCCCUUAAAAAGUGGGAGGCACAUUUACAAACUGUGAAAUGAAAUCUGGACCUUUUAUCUGCUCCUUGUAAAUUGGAUAAUGAGGGAACAACACACACCUGGCCAUGGAACAGCUGAGCAGCCAAUUGUCCCAUUACUUUUGGUCCCUUGAAAAGUGGGAGGCACAUAUAAAAACUGUUGUAAUUCCUACACCGUUCACCUGAUUUGGAUGUAAAUACCCUCAAAUUAAAGCUGAAAGUCUGCAGUUAAAGCACAUCUUGUUUGUUUCAUUUCAAACCCAUUGUGUUGGUGUAUAGAGCCAAAAAGAUUAGAAUUGUGUCGAUGUCCCAAUAUUUAUGGACCUGACUGUACAGUGUGUAUGAGUGUAUCACAGAAGGCCACAGCAAUGUGCAGUAUGUCUGAGUGAAUCAGAAGUGCAAGCAAUAAAAGUGACAGUAAGAAGUAGUGUGCGUUGGUGUAGAGCUCUUAGCAAAGACAUGCAGUGUGUACGAUUAUCAAUGAGCUACAAAGUGCUAGGUUUAUAUCUUAUGUAGGAGGAUAUGGCUGCAUUUUAUUCAGGACAGAUUCAGACAAUGCCCAGUUUGAAUGUCAUGAAGGGUAUCUGACCUUCCAUUAUCAGGGCCAGUUUAGUCAGUGUAUCACUUGAUUAAACUCAACUGUGUGUGGAGGUAGACUGAAAGUGGAUUUGAAAAGAACCCGGCACUCUAUUACCUGCACACUCACACAGACACAGAGCUGUAUUCUGGUUGUGUGCUUCUGUGCUCCUAGGCAUGACAAAACUCGGGCACCUCCCACCUUUCCAAAUUUUUCUUCAAGACAGACACACGUCCUCACUGAUGCAUACAUUGUCAUACAUUCACUGACAGAUACACAGUCAUUGUCACACACACUGUUUAACCAACACACACUUUCACUGAAGCAUACACAUUCACAGACAAACACACUCACUCAUUUACAGUUACACACACACACAUUCACCAACAGACACACAUACACACCGACAGAACGCAUUCACUGACAGACACACAUACACAAUCACUGACAAGAUACACAUGCACACUCACUGACAGACACAAACACUGACAGAAAGGCAUACACACUCACUGACAUACACACACACACUGGGACACACAUUUAUUAACUAAAAGAUACACACUGACAAACACACAUACACACACACUUACAGACAUGUACACACUCACUGACAGAGAUAUAUACACUCAGUGUCAUACAUACCCACUCAGUGUCAAACACACAUAUUCACUUAAAGACACACACUGACAGACAUACACAUUCACCAACAGACAUACACAUUCACUGACAGGCACACUCUCAGUGGCAGACACACAUACCCACACUGACACACACACUUACUGACAAACACAUAUACACUCUCAGUGUCAAACACUCAUACUCACUCACUGACAAAAACAUAUACACUCUCAGUGACAGGCACACACACUCUUUGAUAGACACAUACACACUCAUUAACAGACACACACACACACUAACAAACUCACUAACAGACACACAUUUACACACACACACCAGCAGACAUACACACGCACUAACACAUUCACUAACAGACACACACACUAACACACUCACUAACGGACACAAACAUACACUCACUGACAAACACACACACUAACACACUCACUAACAGACAGACUAACACACUCACACAUACACACACACACUAACACACUCAGUAACAGACACAUACACUUUUUUUUAAAGUUCAAUUCACCCAGCCUCCCUACCUUUGGGGGUGCUAGUGUGGAUUCUUUCCUGGGGUCCAGUAGGGCUGGCUGCAUAUCGGCAGACAGACGGUCGGGCUUGCAGGCACAGUGGAGGCGGGUGGCGAGGGAGCUCUGAUUUUCCUGCUCAGCUCCCUCACGUGCCUCUCAGUGAUGUCGGAGCCAGAGUGAUGUCAUAUUCCGGCUCUGGCAUCACCGUGGGGCGCAAGAGAGAGCUGAACAGGGAGAGCUUCUGGGAGAGUGCUCCUUCGCAGCCUGCCUCAAUUAUCAGUGCAUUUGCCGGGGCAUUUGGAGGGCUGCAUUUUGCCGCCCACCUGGAAAGGCCACCCAAGGCAAAUGCCUUGCCAGUCUCUCGGUAGAUACAUCACUGCACAGACAUAAACUAUGUAUAAAAAUGAAAAUGUUUUACUGUACGUCGAAACACACAUUACGUGUUUUUAGGGUAAUACAUUUUGUCAAUAGAAAUGUGAUAUCUUUUCAGAAAUGAAAAAAACCUCUCUCAAGUACUCUCUGGACUUGGAUGUUGACAUGCAGGAAAAACGCAUAACAUUUAAGGAGGAUUCUGAGAAAGGAUCACUUUCUUUGAUUGAAAAGAACUGUACACGACUUUUGAUGGCUCUACUGGUAAUUGUUUGAUUUAACUUCAUCAAAAUUUUUCACAGACCUAUAUAGCAUGCAAUAAAACAUUAUAGCUGUGGCGUAAAAAAAAAAAAAAACCAACACAAAACACCUACAUCUACUUGUAUAUUCUGUUUAUAAGAAUAUAGGACUUUUCUACAGCUUAGAAAAAAAAAUUGCAAGCUAAGACUAUAGGAGAUAAUAACUUAAUGAAUUUCCAAAGCAAUCCAAUGGUACCAGAAGACAAAUCAGAGACUACUUUGUCUUAUAGACAAGCCUGAGAUUGACAAAAGGUGGAGCUCUGCCAUCAAAUUUUAGUCAAUCCCAGCAGCCAUCACAAGUUACAGCUGGGGGAUACUGGCAUUGUCUAUGGAGGCUCCUGCGGUCUCGCAGGAUCCUCCGUAGACCUCUGUGUUGUACUCUCUUACAUGUGAGAGAGUACAGCAUUAACAUACCUACUGGCAACUGAUCUGCAGGAUUAAAAAGUCAGCGACUGCGAAGCACAGCUUGAAACAAGUAAAACCAUCAGGCAGGCUUCCAAUGCUCUGCCUGUGCUGAGUUCCUCGAAGUGUCAAGGCACUCAGUAAAAUAAAUAAUUUUAAAAACUACAAUUAAAAAAAUAAUAAUAAAAAUUUUUAAUAAUACAUAUAUUAAUAUAAAAAUACACUUAGAGUAAAAUUACACACGUGUGUAUAUAUAUAUAUAUAUAUAUAUAUAUAUAAUAACUAUAUAAAAUAACUGUAUAUAUUGUGUGUGUGUGUAUAUAUAUAUAUAUAUAUAUAUAUAUAUAUAUUAUAAAAAAAUUAAAAAUAAAUAAAAAAUGUAAAAACUAUUUUUAAAAAAUUACAACAAUUGUGUAUAUAUAUAUGUGUGUAUAUGUAUAUAUAUAUAUAUAUAUAUGUAUAUAUAAAUAAAUAAAAAUAAUACAUAAUUACAUAAACAAUUUCAUAAAUAUACACGUAAACUUCAAAUAUAUAAAUAUGUAUAAAUAUAUUUAAAUUCUACGUGCAUAUUUAUGUAAUAUUUCUACAUAAUUAAUUUUAUUGAUUACAAUUUGCGGGACGUGCCAAAAGUCCAGAGAAUUUAAUUUGAUAGCACUAUAUUUUACCCUGUAAAUUUUCAAGACACCCUAAAACCAGUACAUGGGGGUACUAUUUUACUUGGGAGACUUUGCUGAACACAAAUAUUAAAACAUAUCACUGUGAUGAUAUUGUCAGUGAAAAUUAAGUUUUUGCAUUUUUCACACACAAAUGGCUCUUUCACUGAUGAUAUCAUUGUUGUGAUACAUUUUACUGUUUUGAAACACUAAUAUUUGUGUUCAACUAAGUCUCCUGAUUAAAACAGUACCCCCCAUGUACAGAUUUUAUAGUAUUUUUGAAAGUUACAGAGUCAAAUAUAAGACAGUUUUUUCACAUUGAAAUUUGCCAGAUUGGUAAUGUUGCCUUUGAGAGCAUAUGGUAACCCAGAAUGAGAAUUACCCCCAUGAUGGCAUACUAUUUACAAAUGAAUACAACACAAGGUAUUGCAAAUGAGGUAUGUUCAGUCUUUUUUAUUAGCCACUUAGUAACAAACACUGGCCAAAGUUAGCAUUCAUUAUUGUUUUUUGCAUUUUUAACAGACAAACAAAUAUAAAUAAAUAUAAGUGUUUGUGACUAAGUGGCUACUAAAAAAACUGGACAUACCCACAUUGAAUACCCUGGGUUGCCUUCUUUUUUCAAAAUAUAUGGUUUGAUGGGUGUAAAUUACAUUUGCCAUCUUCAAAAAUGGCUCCCUCAGGGCACUAUAGUGCCAGGAAAAAGAGUAUGUUUUCCUGGCACUAUAGUGGUCCUUUAAAUAACUUGGAGAUGAACACAUUACUGUCAUUUUAAAGAAAUUAAAGUUCAUUAUUGUGUACAAUAGAGUACAGGUCAAACUUGAUCUCUCUUGUCUAAACUAGACAGAUAAUUCAAAUCUUUAUUGUCUAUUCUUCCUUUUUUUACUCUUCUUCCUCUGUGUUCAUAAUAACUACACAGAAUGUAAUAAUAAUAUAUGCCAACCAGUGCUAAAGCAGACCAGAUUUGGAAACAAAAUGAUGAACAGGGACAUAAUGAUAAAUCUGUCACCUCUUUGUUUCUGCAUGCUGUGUCCAUCUAUGAAAUGAAAAUAAUACAGAGGUUUUUAUGGAUAUAAAUAUAUUGGAUUGGUGACAACAACAUGGCUUAAUAAUUGCUAGGAAAUGGAUUUAGAGGGUAAUACGGCUAUUUAAUUUACCAAGUCCCCCAUCUUAACUUGAAUACAUAAUACAUACUUGCGUUACGAGUGGCAUGGUUUUUGAUGAUCUUUUUAAAUUGGUGUACAGUGAACUGAAAUAUGUAAAAAUUAACAAUAUUGUUUAUUGUUUUUCAGCCAUGUAAUUACGAUUGUUUCAGUAAUAUUAGAAUAAAAAUUUCCUAUACGCUGAAUGCAGACCAGCUCCGACGUGACCUUCCUGCACCAAUACUGAAUAUGUAUGAACCCCUAUACACUUUUGUUGAGGUAUGAUUUUACCAAGUACUUUUUUUAGUUUUAAUAUUCUAAACUAAUGCAGCUGUAUGUUUCAAUUUGUCAAGUUCUGAUAUUCGUAACAGUUAGUAUUUAUAAGGUUUCAAAUACAAUUAAAUAUAUAGACAGAACAUAUAUACAGCCUGUAAAUGAUAUCCAAAUAUUGCUGAAAUGUAAUGGGAACUUCUGCCUUAGUGACAGGGCCGGCCCAAGACAUUGUGCUGCCUGGGUCCAAGGAUGAAAUGCUGCCUCCCCCUCCCCCAAAAAUAACACCUCCACCAAAACACGCCCACAUCCAUUAUGUUUGAUAAGGGGUAGUCAACCUUUUAAUUCCUACCGCCUACUUUUGUGGGCCGAUGAGUGAGAUGUUUGAACUCCUCAUGGGUCUGAGAGGGCUCACAGCAAGGCUGGCUCUGCAUUGGCCGGCAGGUGAGAUGACAGAAUGUCCUCUGCCGGCCUGCGCAUCUCGGGCCACCGGGCAUUUUACACAGAACCCCACCGCCCACCUUAAAGCCUGAAUCGCUCACUCGUGGGCAGUAGGGCCCAGGUUAACAACCCCUGUGUUAGAUCAUAAAAAUGAAAACUAAAAUAAAACUCAAUGAAGAGUUGAUUCACAUCAAGUGCUUCCAAGUGAAAACUGUACUUGUUAUAUGUAUAGAACGGUUUUAAAACCAAUGGAUGCCAAAUGUCAAUAUGAUAGACCUACAAAUCCCAUGAUGCUUUGCCAACCUUAUGUUGGCAAAGCAGCUAGGGGCUGUAGUUCCACAAUAUUUGGCUUCCCUGAUUUAAAGGUAUACUAUAAUGAAAAGUCAGUGUUUACAUUACUGCCUAGUAACAUCUCUAGUGGCAGUCACUUUAGACGGCCAUUAGAGAUGCUUCCUAGUCCAGUGCUAAAGUGUGCAUCACCUGCAUUCAGUGUCUCCCCGCUUUGCAUGGAGAUGCUGAACAUUCCCUUUGAUUCAAUGCAUCUCGAAAGUAGAUGAAUGUUGAUUGGCGCAGCAGGCGUUUUUCCAUGCAUGAGCAAUAGACUCCCAAUGCUUUCCUUUGGCAAAGCAUUGACUUGGCUAAGAUCAUCAAGAUUGACUCUUGGCUUACACACGCACUGGCUGACACACACGCACUGGCAGACUCACUUAUUCUUACUGGCAGACACAGUCAAAGACAGACACAGUCAGACACACACACACACACACACAGACAGACAGACACACCCAGUCACUGACAGAUACAGUCACUGACAGACACACACAGACACACACACACAGUCACUGACAGACACACACAGUCACUGACAGACACACACACACUGACAGAUACACUUACUCUUACUGACACACACUCUCACUGACAGACACACUUAAUCUUACUGACAGACACAUUCACACAUUUACUCAUUCUUGCAGACACACUCACAAAUCAAUUAUAUUUUGUGUUGAGGUAUUUCUUUUUUAGGCCAUCAGGUCUCCUUACCCUUAAGCGUCUUCUCCCUGGGGUCCAGUUGCAUCGAUGUUCUUUGUGCUUCUCUCCUCCCUCACGCUGUUUAGUGAUGCGGUGCCAGAAAGACGGCACAUUCCGUGCCUGGCAUCACCACAGAGGGGCGAAGGAGCCGAGAGGAGCAGGAAGAACCUGACAGCUAAGAGAGCUCCCUUGCAACCAACUGCCUCCCUCUCGCCCACGACACGUAAUGUAUAGGCAGAGUAGGCACCUGCCCUGUGGGGGAAGCAGAUGCCUACUUUGCAUUGCCGCUCUAGAUCCCUGUCACAGAGAUUGGGCCGCACGGCGCUCCCACCUCAUUGCGCCCGGGUCUCUGCACUUGUGCUGUUUUAGUGGCGGACAUGGGUGGGAUGCAGGGGCGGAAAAAUGCCGCCCAUAUUCAGGUGCUGUAUGGAACCAUUGCUCCACACCGUCCCAGCUCUGCUUAGUGAUAUCACAGAAAACUGGAAGGGGACACAGGUACCACUUCAAAUGGUUUUACUCUUUAUCGUGAGAUGGCCGCAGAGGAUGCCUGGAACCAUAACCACUGUAAUGGUUAUAGUGCUGUUCUUUUAAAUUGGAACAAAUCAUAGAAAAUGCCUUACAUGAUUUGGAUUUAGGUAUGCAAAUAUGUAAAAAAAAAAAUUGUUGGACCGCUCCACAAUACCAUAGAUAUUUUAUUAAGGUACAAAUGCAUUUUUUGGAUGGAUAGUUCUAACGUUUGAUUCUAGUUCCUUCAAUGCAGAUGUGUUGUAUUGGUUUGUGAGCUGUUCUCAUCAAAGAAAAACUCCCUUUAUACAGCAAUCAGGAGGUUGAGAUUAUAUUCUUUGUUUUUGUGGACUGGCUUGCUCCAAUUGUAGUUUUUUUUUUUUUUUUUUUUUUUUUACAUACCUUACCUUGUAUUACUGUAGAGCUCCAUAACUGCUUAUUAACAUAAUCCAAGUUCCAAGUGAGGGGAAAAGAAAAGUAUGACCAUAUCAGCCCUCUGGAUGUUAAUUGGUUGUCAAAAAUUGCUCCUAUUAAAUCUUUUUUUUUUUUAAACUAGUUCCAGAUCUGAAAUAGCCUUCUGACUGUGAUUUGUUUUAUACCUUCUGUGUUUUAUGGUCAAAGCAAGAAAUGAAUGAAACCAGUGGACUUGUUGCUCUUUCCAGUGCAAUCCCCUAUUACUUGUAGCUGUCCCCAAGAAAAAACUAAGGGAUAGCUCAGCAGAGUCUAACCUGUAACGAAGAGGUAAAGAAGGGUACCAAAGUAGUAAUGGUGAUGAUGAAUCUAAUGAUGAUAUAACUCAUCCCCUCAACACUGCAAAAUCUACACUUCAGAAAACAUUUUGCAGGCAAUAAGAUGAAUAGUGGCCAAUUGUUUGAGUGAGCAGACAGGCACCAAUGUUGACAUCUGUUUUUUUUGGUCAACAAUGGAGCUGCUAACAAGUAUUUUGAGAUUGGUUGGUUCCUUUGUAGGUGUGCACUUUUAAAAUACUACAUAUUUUAGUGCAGUUCUAGAAGGGAACACAAAGGUGACAACAUACUUGAUCAUUGCAGGAUGAUUGCUGGUCAUUUCUAUCAUAGUGAAGGUUAUCCAAGUCUUGAGACAGGAGCAAAAGAAAACAGGGCUUCCCACACACCAGCAACAAGUUACCAGCACGUAGUGGAACUCCAGUUUUGACAUGCUGUAAAAAUUUUUGGAACAGCAGAGGGCAAUUCGUAGUGGUUUUCCAAACAGUACAUUGUAGUUGGGUAGCCGCUGGGAUGUGAGUGUAGGACAAUAACAGCCUGAUUUUCAGAAAAAAAUUAGGCAUGCUCAUUGAGGAAGAUUUGCAGAUUGAGCUUGACAUGUGUGUUAUUCUUAGCAGCAGCACAACCACAACACAUCACUGUAGAUCAUAUGUGUUUUGGGCAGAGGCUCUUUGCAUUUUGUUCGGAGCAUGUCAAAGAGGAAGUAGUUGAAAGGAGACCACUGCCUCUGAAAUGUUCAUACUUUAUCUGUCUACACCUACUUUGUCUUCUACUGCUGACCCUCUGAGCUACUGGAAGGACAAGAAGAGUAUGUGGCCUUUCCAUAUCCAUCAACCACUGUCCAAAGUUGCGGAAUGUUUUCUGUUGAAUUGAGUUUUCUGUCCACAACACUCACAAAUGUCCCCGCAACUGGUGGAGCAAAUAACAUUCCACGGGUUAAAACUUCCCAAAUUGGGUUACCCUGCUCUUCACAUUAAUUAUAAUAAAAAUAAUUACUUUACUCUUGCUGCUGCUACAGUUUCCAUUUUUUUUCAAAUGCCUUUCAUUGCCGUUGUUUAGCCCUGCUUGGCUGAGUCUUGUGUUGCUACUCAACCCAUCCACCCUGAGAAGAACAAAUCUUUGCCACAAUUCCAGUCUGUAGCAUCAAUGACAGUCCUUCAGUGUGAAAAAACAGUGUCCUAGCAGACAUCACAAGACGUACUAAACCACUACAAUAAGAGGCAGUUGUAAAAAGGGAGAGAAGCAGCAGGAGUAAUUAAAUUUUUUUCAGUUUCAUAAGAGGACAAAGUCAGUGGGCAAAUGACUCACUCACCCAUUCCAUUUCAUUUGUUGAAAAAUUAGCUCUUUUCAAAUUAAAAAAAACUCCUACUACUGCUAGGGCAUUAUUUGGUUUUCAAAAACUGAAGGAGGGCCACUGACGCUACAGACUUAAUGUGUGGGAAGGGGUGAGUGGGUCGUCCAUUGCCCAAUGGCUUUUAACUUUCAUUUUAUUGAAGAAUUGCCUUGUUUUUAGAUUAAAAUGACUCCUGCUGCAGUUGUUCCUCUGUAUUCAUUAAUACAAGAUUGCAAAAGGAAAAAAUAAUCAUCACUAAGUCCUUUCACUUAAUUUUUGUAAUAGAAUAUUUAGAAUAACCUCACUAUGACAAGUCGAAAACUCAGGAUUCCCAUUGUAUAAAUCCUGAUAUUGCCUAGCCUUCCUAGCCAUCAGGCUAGGUGAUAUUGUAGUUAUUUUUGCAUUGCAAAAGGCACAUAUUGUCUAGCCUUUUUUGACUUGUUUGUCUCCAAAUAUGUUUCAAAAUUUGGGCGAGGCAAACCAUCAUAUACACGAAUAUCAGACAUCCCAAAUUAAAUUUUAUUUUUAGACAAAGUUGUUCCGCAGAACCACAUUUUCGAGCCAUGCACAAGUCUAUUAUGAUGUUAAAUGUGCUGGCAAAGGUAUUAAACUAAAUGAAACAAAUAACACUACUAAACUGUGUUGCUUCUUUAUUACAGCUUCCUUAUGUGAAAGACUGCAAUAAUAAGACUACCUGCAUUCCUAUCUUAAAGUUAAUAACAGAAGAAUCUAGGUAUGUCAAAAUAAUCUUCAUGUUGGCUUAGAGUCUUUAUCCGUGAUAAACCAAUACAUCAUUCACUAUAAAUUUCCCUUACUUUAGGAAGGGGCUUGUAGUUGGACAAACCAAAGAUUUGACAGUGAAUUUUACCCUUAUCAACUCUGGUGAUGACUCAUACAGGACCACUAUUUUCAUAGCCUACCCCAACAACCUGCAAGUCAAAAUCAUAAAAACGGUAAGAAAUACAUGGUGUCAUUUUUAUGUGAUAAUAAAUUAAAGGGUUACUCCAAGCACCAUAAUCACUUAGUGAUCUUACUUGGCGUAACCCUUUAACAUUAAAAUGGGAAAGUUAUGUAAUCAUAUGUUAAAAUAUAUAUAUAUAUAUACAGUUGCAAGAAAAAGUAUGUGACCCCUUUGGAAUGAUAUGGAUUUCUGCACAAAUUGGUCAUAAAAUGUGAUCUGAUCAUCAUCUAAGUCACAACAAUAGACAAUCACAGUCUGCUUAAACUAAUAACACACAAAGAAUGAAAUGUUUCCAUGCUUUUAUUGAACACAUCAUGUAAACAUUCACAGUGAAGGUGGAAAAAGUACGUGAACCCUUGGAUUUAAUAACUGGUUGAACCUCCUUUGGCAGCAAUAACUUCAACCAAACAUUUCCUGUAGUUGCAGAUCAGACGUGCACAAUGGUCAGGAGUAAUUCUUGACCAUUCCUCUUUACAGAACUGUUUCAGUUCAGCAAUUUUCUUGGGAUGUCUAGUGUGAAUCGCUUUCUUGAGGUCAUGCCACAGCAUCUCAAUCGGGUUGAGGUCAGGACUCUGACUGGGCCACUUCAGAAGGCGUUUUUUCUUCUGUUUAAGCCAUUCUGUUGUUGAUUUACUUCUAUGCUUUGGGUCAUUGUCCUGUUGCAACACCAUCUUCUGUUGAGCUUCAGCUGGUAGACAGAUGGCCUUAAGUUCUCCUGCAAAAUGUCUUGAUAAACUUGGGAAUUCAUUUUUCCUUCGAUGAUAGCAAUCCGUCCAGGCCCUGACGCAGCAAAGCAGCCCCAAACCAUGAUGCCCCCACCACUAUACUUCACAGUUGGGAUGAGGUUUUGAUGUUGGUGUGCUGUGCCUCUUUUUCGCCACACUGAGUGUUGUGUGUUUCUUCCAAACAACUCAACUUUGGUUUCAUCUGUCCACAGAAUAUUUUGCCAGUACUGCUGUGGAACAUCCAGGUGCUCUUGUGCAAACUGUAAAUGUGCAGCAUCCUCCCAUGAAAUCCAUUCUUGUUUAGUGUUUUACGUAUUGUAGAUUCGCUAACAGGGAUGUUAGCAUUUGCCAGUGACUUUUGUAAGUCUUUAGCUGACACUCUAGGAUUCUUCUUCACCUCCGUGAGCAGUCUGCACUGUGCUCUUGCAGUCAUCUUUACAGGACGGCCACUCCUAGGGAGAGUAGCAGCAGUGCUGAACUUUCUCCAUUUCUAGACAAUUUGUCUUACCGUGGACUGAUGAACAGCAAGGCUUUUGGAGAUACUUUUAUAACCCUUUCCAGCUUUAUGCAAGUCAACUAUUCUUAAUCGUAGGUCUUCUGAGAGCUGUUUUGUGCGAGGCAUCAUUCACAUCAGGCAAUGCUUCUUGUGAAAAGCAAACCCAGAACUGGUGUGCAUUUUUUAUAGGGCAGGGUAGCUGUAACCAACACCUCCAAUCUCAUCUCAUUGAUUGGACUCCAGUUGGCUGACAUCUCACUCCAAUUAGCUCUUCGAGAUGUCAUUAGCCUAAGGGUACUUUUUCCACCUGCACUGUGAAUGUUUACAUGGUGUGUUCAAUAAAAACAUGGCAACAUUUCAUUCUUUGUGUGUUAUUAGUUUAAGCAGACUGUGAUUGUCUGUUGUUGUGACUUAGAUAAUGAUCAGAUCACAUUUUAUGACCAAUUUGUGCAGAAAUCCAUAUCAUUCAAAAGGGUUCACAUACUUUUUCUUGCAACUGUACAUAUAUAUAUAUAUAUAUAUAUAUAUAUAUAUAUACACACUGAUCAAAAAAAUAAAGGGAACACAAAAAUAACACAUCCUAGAUCUGAAUGAAUUAAAUAUUCUUCUGAAAUACUUUGUUCUUUACAUAGUUGAAUGUGCUGACAACAAAAUCACACAAAAAAAUAAAAAAUGGAAAUCACAUUUUUCAACCCAUAGAGGUCUGGAUUUGGAGACACACUCAAAAUUAAAGUGGAAAAACACACUACAGGCUGAUCCAACUUUGAUGUAAUGUCCUUAAAACAGAUCAAAAUGAGGCUCAGUAGUGUGUGGCCUCCACAUGCCUGAAUGACCUCCCUACAACGGCUGUUCAUGCUCCUGAUGAGGUGGUGCAUGGUCUCCUGAGGGAUCUCCUCCCAGACCUGGACUAAAGAAUCUGUCAACUCCUGGACAGUCUGUGGUGCAACGUAACGUUGGUGGAUGGAGCAAGACAUGAUGCCCCAGAUGUGCUCAAUUGGAUUCUGGGGAACGGGCAGGCCAGUCCAUAGCAUCAAUGCCUUCGUCUUGCAGGAACUGCUGACACACUCCAGCCACAUGAGGUCUAGCAUUGUCUUGCAUUAGGAGGAACCCAGGGCCAACCGCACCAGCAUAUGGUCUCACAAGGGGUCUGAGGAUCUCAUCUCGGUACCUAAUGGCAGUCAGGCUACCUCUGGUGAGCACAUGGAGGGCUGUGUGGCCCCCCAAAGAAAUGCCACCCCACACCAUUACUGACCCACUGCCAAACUGGUCAUGCUGGAGACUGCUGCAGGCAGCAGAAUGUUCUCCACUGUGUCUUCAGACUCUGUCACAUCUGUCACAUGUGCUCAGUGUGAACCUGCUUUCAUCUGUGAAGAGCACAUGGCGCCAGUGGCGAAUUUGCCAAUCUUGGUGUUCUCUGGCAAAUGCCAAACGUCCUGCACAGUGUUGAGCUGUAAGCACAACCCCCACCUGUGGACGUCGGGCUCUCAUACCACCCUCAUGGAGUUUCUUUCUGUGGCCUGCUGGAGGUCAUUUUGCACGUCUCCACGUCUCCUGAUGUACUGGCCUGUCUCCUGGUAGCGCCUCCAUGCUAUGGACACUACGCUGACAGACACAGCAAACCUUCUUGCCACAGCACGCAUUGAUAUGCCAUCCUGGAUGAGCUGCACUACCUGAGCCACUUGUGUGGGUUGUAGACUCUGUCUCAUGCUACCACUAGAGUGAAAGCACCACCAGCAUUCAAAAGUGACCAAAACAUCAGCCAGGAAGCAUAGGAACUGUGAAGUGGUCUGUGGUCACCACCUGCAGAACCACUCCUUUAUUGGGGGUGUCUUGCUAAUUGCCUAUAAUUUCCACCUGUUGUCUAUCCCAUUUGCACAACAGAAUGUGAAAUUGAUUGUCACUCAGUAUUGCUUCCUAAGUGGACAGUUUGAUUUCACAGAAGUGUGAUUGACUUUGAGUUACAUUAUGUUGUUUAAGUGUUCCCUUUAUUUUUUGAGCAAUGUAUAUAUAUAUAUAUAUAUAUAUAUAUAUAUAUAUAUAUAUAUAUGCUAUAGAUUAAAAUUAUAUUUUUACUUGAAUGCUAUUAUCAUUAUUAUCACUAUUUGCACUCUACCUUUUCCUCUUUAUAUUGCACCAGUAUUAUCAAUAACUGUAUAUUAAAGGGUUAUUUCAAACUUAAACGUAAGUGUUUUGAAGUGGUUAUUGUGCCAGGAACCUGUAUGUGUAGCAUCCAUAAUGAAACACUGCACAUACAAGAAUAUUUAGACUACGUUCCUGUUGUGGCACUGCAAUUGCUAAUGUCAAUUCUGUCCAGAUUUCUGUGCACAAAAGUCACGUCAAUCAGCAGUAUGAGAGGACAUUGGCUCCCAGUGGGACCCAGGUAAAAGGCAAACUGUUGCAUAAUCUCUACAGUGCCCUGUCAUGGUUAUUAAGCUUGGAGUAACCCUUUAAGCAUAUUACACGUCAUAUAACAUGUUUUAGUUUAGGUGUAUCAUGAGAUACAUUUUCCUUUUCUGAAAUAUUGCCCUUUUCUACUCCAAUUAAUUUGUUUUUCUUUUCUUUUUUUUUGUAGCCAAAUUCUCCGAGCAUCAAAUGUUCUGAUCACAAAACUCUACAGUCAUCUCUGAAUUGUGACAUUGGACAUCCUGUCUUCAAAGCAUCUAAUGUAAGUCCAGCAAAUUUCUGCUGAAAGUGUUAAGUCUUUGAGCACAAACGGUUUCUUAAAGGGAUCCUAUAUUGUGAGGAAAACAAAUCCCACACAGCUAAAGGGGUUGUCACUCACCUGAAUCCAGCGCUGAUGUCCCUUGGCACUGGGUCAAGCUCCACCCGCGCUCCUCCCCCACUCACGUCAACCAGCAGGGGAGACCUAAUGGGGAAAAUGGGCACCAAUGGGGUAAGGACGACCAGCGUCAGAUAAUGGAUCAGAUCAAAGGUCCGUUUCUAUUCCAGAUAUCCCUCUAGUGGCAGUCUACCAAACUUAACCCUGCAAGGUAAUUAUUGCAGUUUCUCAGAAACUGCAAUAAUUACUUUUGCAUGUUAAGGGACAUGGGAUAUUGCACCCAGAUAACUUCAAUGAGCUGAAGUGGUCUGGGUGCCUACAGUGUCCCUUUAAAUACCAACAGCUUUAAAAUAACAAAUAUAAAAAGUGUUUAAGUGAAAAAUAUUUUAAAAUAAGUAACUAAUUUUUAAAAGUCAAAUAGGGUCAGGUCCUAAAAUAAAAUAAGUAUUUGAACUCUCUAGGUUUGUCACUCUUUCCUGAAACAUUGCUUGUCCCCAAUUCUCCUGGAAUGCAGUGCAAAUUCGGCAAACAGACAAAGAAAGCAUUGUCACUUUUUUAGAUUCCCAUCCCACUCUUCUGUAGGUUCCCUUUAAAUUGACCUGUUGCUUUAAAGAAACACUAUAGUGUUAGUAAUGCAUACAUGUAUUCCUGAUGCUAUAGUGUCCUACUAGCAAUUUAGGUGACCGCCGGCUCCCCACCUCCCGCUUGUAAUUUAAAAAUCCUUUUAGCCCCCGCCGUGCCAGUCUCCAGGCUGCUGCUACACCUCUCUGGCUAAGAUCAUCUAAUGCCUAUCCACAGGGAUCAAUUAGGAGACUAGUGUGCAUAUGCGGCAAUUGCUGUGCCAUUCAAAUGCUCUCUAAAAGCAGUCUUCGAUUGAAAACUAAGUACACAGGGUAAGCACAUCAAGUGGCUGGUCUUUCUGUGUUUCACGCUGCAAUUAAAACAUUGCUGUUCCUACAAAACGGCAAUGUUUUAUAUUGCAGGGUUAAAACAACAGGGGCCCUACCCUCAGACCACUUCAUUGAGAUGAUGUGAUGUGGGUUCCUUUAACUGUAGUUUAACAUGUUUACAUUUUUAUGGUAAUUAACUGAUUAAAUGAAAAAAUAAGCAGGGCCCAGCUAUGGGCAGUUGUUUUGCUCUUUCUGAGCUCCUAAACACUGAUAUGGCUGUAAUUGAAUAUUUUCACAUUUUUGAGUUAUUAUGAUGUGGUAAACUUUAGAAUGUUGUAUAGAAAAAUGUAAUCCUUUAACUUCCUCAAACAGUAACGAUGAAACCAUUUUCCUUUUUUUUUCUGUACAGGCAGCAUUUUCUGUUGUUUGGCAACUAAAUGAAUUAAAGUUCACUGAAGAAAACGUAAUAAUUAAUAUUAAUGUUAGCAAGUAAGUGGUAUUUAUUCUAUUAUAAAAAAAAUGAGUGCAACAUUCUUAGCAUCAAAGGACCACACUUAUCAAGACAAAACUGGAAAAAGAGUUAAAUUAGCUGGCAAAAAAAAAAACAACAUAUCUUCGUUUUCCAUGUUUUUCAACUUCCACAUUAAAAGAGCUUUACCCAUUAAUUCUUCCAGUUCUGCUUUGGCAGUUUUUUGUUGUCAUUGUAUAAAAUUAUUUAACUCCAGUUUGCAGCAGAGCGCCAGCAACACUUUCUCAAACAUGAAAACCAUGUGGCCCUGUUAAAGUAUAAAAGGUCCAUCUCUCUGGUUCUGUUUUGCAGAAAAUUUGCUUGUGUUAAAGGACCACUAUAGUGCCAGGAAAACAUACUUGUUUUCCUGGCACUAUAGUGCCCUGAGUGUGCCCCCACCCUCAGGGACCCCCUCCCGCCCGGCUCUGGAAAGGGGAAAGGGGUUAUAACUUACCUUUUUCCAGCGCUGGGCGGGGAGCUCUCCUCCUCCAAUCCUCCUCUUCUCCUCCCCGUCGGCUGAAUGCGCACGCGCGGCAAGAGCUGCGCGCACAUUCAGCCGGUCACAUAGGAAAGCAUUCAUAAUGCUUUCCUAUGGACGCUUGCGUGCUCUCACUGUGAAAAUCACAGUGAGAAGCACGCAAGCGCCUCUAGUGGCUGUCAAUGAGACAGCCACUAGAGGAUUAGGGGGAAGGCUUAACCCAUUCAUAAACAUAGCAGUUUCUCUGAAACUGCUAUGUUUAUGAAAAAAUGGGUUAACACUAGCUGGACCUGGCACCCAGACCACUUCAUUAAGCUGAAGCGGUCUGGGUGCCUAGAGUGGUCCUUUAAUACUGACAAUGUUGCAAAUAUCUUCCUAAAAGGACUGUAUAAAACGCUCCAAAUGUGAUCCAAGGAUGUUUUAAGGUGUCUAGCCAUACUCACUUGCUCUGGUGCCCCCAAUCUCAUCCUAACAGGACUGUAUAAAACAUUCCAAAUGUGAUCCAGGGAUGUAUUCUUUUGUCUAGUGACACUCACUUGCUUUUUUAUUUAGUGGUUGGUCAGUGGGGUGUGUCUAAUUUAUUUUGUGUUGGCAGGUAAACUUGACAACAAUAGAGUCAGACUUCCCAAAUUGAGAGGGUAAUGCACUCACCAAUAUCUCUAAGGAAUACUCCCACCGGGAUGCUCCAAACAGGGAGGGCCAGGUUCCCAAAAGUCCAAUGGUAACAAAUACAAAAGUAUGGGCACACUAGAUGGUUUCUAAAGGCAGUCUUUUAUUAGAAGUAAAGAGCAAAGUCAACGUUUUGGCUCCUAUCCGGGUCUUUGUUAAGUCUUGUCAUUAACCCUGCAAUAAAAUUAUUCACCCAUUACACCCUUACACUGUGCUGUAUAUGUAAAUCUAUACGGGCGUCCAAAGGUAGAUACCCAGAUGUUUUAAAACUACAGUCUCCAUGAUGCUUUGUCCUUCUAAAUGCAUUUUUUUUUUUUUUGAAUUUGACAAUUUUUAUUUUCAAAUGUAAAUGGGGUACAGAAAGGAAGAGGGAAGGGGUUCAUAGUAAACAAGUUCACAUUUGCUUGUUGCAGGUGCAUUAUCAUGGAUAAGUUUAUUUCUUUGUGGAGGUUUAGGUUGAGGGCGUUACUUGCGUCACAACUGAAUGGGUUCAACAGUGAGGAUAACAUAUGUCUCUCAAACACUAUUGGCUACCUUUUUUGUGAUGGUCUUGUUCAUGUCGGCCUGGGGUAGUGAGCUAUUAUGCCUUGUCAGGUUUGGGGCUCAGGCUCCGCAUGUUGCCUGCGUCGUUAGUGGGUUUGUGGGGUUUAGGUCGGUUGGGGAGGAGGGGUGACGGGUGUUGUGGGGGGGUCGGGACUGGAAGGGUGUGUCUGAGUCGUAUAGGCUGUGUACUGUUCUAUUGAGGUUUUCGUAAUUGAGUGUAUUUGUUCCCUCUCCGUGAGGGUUUUUUAUGGUUUUGUGCCUCAUGUUAGUGUGGUUUGUUUUUGUCCCAGGUUUCCCACGCUGUCAACCAGUGGGAGUUUUUCUGCUGCGUUUUUCUUGCUAGAGUUUCAUAUAGCUUGGUGUGUUCUAUCACGUCUAUGCAUUGUUUGAGCGUUGGGGUUGUCGUUUGUUUCCAUAGUCUACUUAUGACUGUGAGGGCCGCAAUUAUGAUGUGGUAUGUCAUGUAUUUGAUGUGCAUGCGUGGCUCCUGUGGGAGCAUAAGUAGGAGGAAUGUUUCAGGAGUUGGGGUUAGUUUUAACCCCGUGCAUUGGGUUGUUAGAUUUGCAACCUGUGUCCAGUAUUGUCGGAGCAGUGGACAGUGCCACCAUAUGUGUAUCAAGGUUCCUUUGUGUGUUUGGCAUCUCCAGCAUGUGUCGGGAGCAUCAGGGAAGCUGUGUUUGAGUCUUGUUGGGACUAAAUACCAUCUAUAGAGUAGCUUGCGUGAAAGUUCUAGGUGGUUUGUACUGAGUGUCAGGUGUUUGUGGGCUUGGUAGAUGUUUUGCCAUUGUUCUUCCGUAAGUGGGUGUCCGAUGUCCUUUUCCCAAGCUGAUUGGAAGGGGGGUGGGUGUUUUCGGCAUUGUGUCUGCUCGGAGGUGUAAAUCAAGGAUAUGAGUUUCUUUGCCGGUUUUGUUUUGGUGCAGAUCUGUAUUAUUUUAUCCCAGUGUGGGUGUAGCUUCUGUGCUCCUGGUUGUGCCGGUUGGGAGUUCAUCCAAGAUUGUAUUUGAAGAUAGGAGAAGGCUGCUGUGGAGGGCAGGGUGUAUUCUGUUCCUAGGUCUGAAAAUCUCUUAAGUUUGUUAUGUUGUAGUAGUUGGGACACGGUUUCCACUCCAUGUCGUUGCCAGAGUUUGUGGUUGAAGUCAGGGAUGAAUAGUCGUAGUGCUUCUAUAGGGAUAGCUGGGAUUUGGAUUGUUGUCGCUCCUGUCGAUUGUUUAUAGUUGUCCCAUAUUGAGAGGGUUAGCGCAGUUGUGGGUAGUAAUUCCGUGGUUUUUGGUCUGUGGGUUUUGGGUAGCCAUGCCAGUGUUGGUAGUGCAAGUCCUUUUUCAUGGUUCUUCUCUAUUUCAGUCCAUGCCGUUGGGUUGCAGUUGUUUGACGCCGCCAGCAGCGGUGCUAUUUGAGCCGCUCUGUAGUAGCCUCUUAUUUCAGGUAGGCCCAUCCCGCCUUGGGCGAACGGUUUGUACAUUGUGGCUUUUGCCACUCUCGGUUUUUUAUAAUCCCAAACGUAGUUAUUUAGGGUAUUUUGCAGUUCUAGUAGGUAUUUUUUGGGGAGGACGAGUGGUAGUGUGCGGAAGAGGUAUUGAAUUUUUGGCAGUAUUACCAUCUUCACCGAGGCUAUCCGGCCGGUCCAUGAGAUGUAUUUCCCUUUCCAGUGUUGGAGGAUAUUUUUGAUUUCGAUCAUUAGUUUGGUGUAGUUUGCCUUGAAGAGCUUGUGUGUUGUUGGUGUCAGGUUGACCCCUAAGAAUUUAAUGUGGUCCUUUCUCCAGUCGUAGUUGAAGUUUCUUUUUAGAGUUGUCAGGUCUGUGUUGGAUAUAUUGAUUCCUAAGGCUAGUGUUUUUGCAAUGUUCAGUUUAUAGUAAGAACACUUACUGUACAGGGAAAGGAGUUUGUGGAAGUUAGGUAGGGAAAGGUGUGGUUGUUCAAGUGUCAGCAAGAUGUCAUCAGCAAAUAAUGACAUUUUGUAUUCUUUGCCCCUGAUUUUAAUCCCGUGUAUGUCUGGGUUGCUUCGUAUUAGUUGGGUGAGCGGUUCCAGCGCCAGGAUGUAGAGUAUCGGGGAGAGUGGGCAGCCCUGUCUAGAUCCAUUUGAAAUGUGAAAUGGUUUUGAUAUGAAUCCCCCGUUUACUACUCUUGCCGUUGGGGCGGAGUAUAGUGCAUUAACUAAUGAGAGGAAUUGUGGUGGAAAGUCGAAUUUCUUUAGGACUGCCAAUAGAAAGGGCCAGUGUAGCCUAUCAAAAGCUUUCUCUGCGUCUAGGGAUAGUAGGAUGCUGGGGUCUUUUUUCCCCUGUAUCUCAUAUAGUAAGUCUAAAGUUUUGCGUGUACCGUCCGCUCCUUGUCUGCCUCCCACAAAUCCCACCUGGUCCUCCCCUAUAAUUGUGGGGAUAAUGGGUGCUAAUCUGUUGGAAAAAAAUUUUGCGAUAAUUUUCACGUCUGUAUUCAACAGGGAAAUGGGUCUUAGGUUUUGGCAUCGGGUCGGGGGCUUUCCUGGUUUGGGGAGCGUGGCAACAUGUGCCAUGAGCAUCUCUGAUGGCAGCGUCCCUUUCUGGAGGGCAUGGUGAAAUGUGUUUUUUAAUUGAGGGGCUAGAGUGGUUGCGAAUUGUUUGUAAUAUGAAUUUGUUAGACCGUCUGGGCCUGGUGAUUUCCCGUUCGGGAGGGAUUGAAUAGUGUCUAAUAUUUCUUGUGUAGUGACAGGGCUUUGUAUGGUGUCUCUUUGUGUUGGCGUUAGUUUGGGUAGCGUUGUAGUUUGAAGGAAGUCAGCUAUGUCUUGUGCUGAGGGUUGAUGUAGAGUCGGGUCUGUUUUUAGAUUGUAAAGGGAGUGAUAGUAGUCAGCCAUGCUGUCAUUGAUGUCCUGUGGAUUGAACAGUUUUUCUCCUGUGCUUGAGAUUAAGUGCGGGAUUUUGGAGUUUGCUUGUUUUUGCUUGAGUAGGUUCGCCAGGUGCCUCCCUGUUUUGUUCCCUUGGGUGUACGUUUUCAGUUUUAAUUUGGUGAGGAUAUGGGCCGUUUUCUCCAGUGUCAGUGCAUUGAUUUUGUGAGGUGAUUUGUUUGAUGGCUUCCGCACCGGUGUCAGAUGGGUUCAGGAGAUGUUGGGUCGUGGUGUCUCUUAGGUUUCUAAGAAGGUCUGUAUGUUCUUUGUUACGUUGGCGUUUGAGAUAUGUUGCUCGGCUAAUCAGUUGUCCUCUCAUGACUGUUUUGUGGGCCUGCCAAAUGGAGAAGGCUGAGGCUUCAGAGUUGUUGUUAAGGUGGAAAUAGUCCAAUAGGGUUGCAGUCAGCUGUGCAGUGAAUUGCGUGUCCUGUAGGAGUGAUUCGUUGAGGCGCCACGGGGGCUUACCUCUGUGUUGGUAUGUGGCAUGUAGAGUCAGAGUCAGUGGGGCAUGGUCGGACCAUACUAUGUUCCCUAUAGUGCAGUCCUCUAUUUGUGGGAGAAAUUGGCCGGAUACAAGGAUGUGAUCAAUUCUGGAGUAGGUUUUGUGUACUUGUGAGAAGAAUGUAUAUUCUCUCGUUGAUGGGUGUCUCGUUCUCCAGGCAUCGUAUAGCCCAUAAUCGUGUAGGAGUUUUGUGAAUGCUUUGUUAUUGGGCUUGAGCUUAUGGUGUCUGGUUGAUGUUCUGGGAGCCGUCGAGUCUAUGCGGGAGUCCAUAGUGUUGUUGAAGUCGCCGCAUAUGAUCGUGGGAAUGUUCGCGUCCCCCGGUAGUUUGUUGAGGACUUUAUGUAGGAAGUUGCGUUGCUGGUCAUUUGGGCUGUAUAGACAUGCUAAGAUAAGCGGGGUGUUGUUGACUAUGCAGUGGAGAAUCACGUAUCUUCCUUGGUCGUCCUUGUGGCUACUGAGUAGUUCCAUGGUGAGGGAGUUGUGUAUCAAAAUCGAGACCCCUCGUGAUUUGAAUGUGUGUGUUGCAUGGUACUGUGUGGUGUAUUCUCUGGUUGCGAAUGUGGGAAUGCGGUUGGUGACAAAAUGUGUCUCUUGUAUGCAAACUAUGUCUGCUUUGGUUUUUUUGAGAUCUUCCAGCAGAAUGCGCCUUUUGUGUGGCGUAUUGAGGCCUUUUGUGUUGUGAGAGUAGAUGAUCAUUGUGGUGGCUGCGUGGGCGGGGGGGGAUGGUGCAGUGUUCUUGUCAGAUGGUACUGAGGGCGUAUAGUUUGGUGGGUUUAACGGGGUGGUUGAUGAGGGUUAGGGAGAGGGGUUAGCUGUUGUUGUGGUGUUAUGUACAAGAACCCGAAGGUCUGGUACGCUAUUCGUACCGUGGGGUUUUGGAAGGGAGUUUCCAAGCGUGGCUAGUUGGGCUCCCUAUUGUAUCUGUGGGUUUGAAUGGAGCUGAACUUGUCGUAAUUGGUUGAAACUGGGAGGUACAAGUCAUUAAAACAGUAUAGUAUAACAUUUAACACAGUAUAGUAUAACGUUUAACACAGUGAUGUGAGGCAUGCAAGUAAUAUUAUCCACAUUCUCUGGUUAUACAUUUAGCCAUUUCAGUCAGCCAGUGUGGUGGCGCUGUGCGCUGCCUCUGCCCCUAUCUCGUUUGCGUGUGCCUUGGGGUGCUUGUGGUGGGCUGUACUGCCUCAGGUGUUGGUGGUGGGUGCUCUAUGUAUUUUUGGUGAGUUUGGGCUUACCCUGGAACGUGCCACGGUUUCUAGUACUUUGUGUGUCUUAGGCCAUUCGCUGGACCCCCGCCUGCUGUUCCCGGGUAUUAUUUUUAAAACACCCCCUUUACCCGUAUGGGCAGUGCCCCGAGUCCCCAUAAGACUUAAGGUGUGAUGAUCAUUAUGUGUAUAGGGUGGUCCCUAAGUUGGUGUUGCUUUGCUCACGUGUGUAUGUGUGAGGGGAUGGCUAAUCUGUGGCUGUGCAUAACAACAUGUAUAAUACAAUUUUGGUACUUGCACGAAUCAUGCCUCGGUCAAUCGGUGGUUAGUGUUAGUCUAUGGUAGCAUUAUUGUUCGGGCGGUAGGUGGUUGGACGUUUUUCCGCUGGCGGGUGGUCGGAGAGGCCCCAUGUUUCCAGUGCCGCUUUCCCUUCUUCUGGAGUUGCAAUGUAUGUAGUCUUCCCGUUUCUGGUCAGGAUAAUUUUCGUGGGGAAUCCCCACCUGUAGCGGACCCCGUGGUUGCGGAGUUCCGUGGUUACUUGGUGGAAGUCCCUUCUUCUGCGCAGCGUUGCCGCCAAAAGGUCCGCCAUGAUGCGCACAGAUGCGUAAUCCUCGUGCGGGUCCACUCUGCUUCGGUAUGCUUUAAGGACCAGUUCCUUAAUGUGAAAGUAAUGCGCCCUGAUUAGGACAUCGCGUGGCGUGGAGUCGGGCAGGAAUCUCGGCUUUGCCACUCGGUGAACCCUGUCUAAUAGGAGCAUGUCCGUCGGGAUGUCUGUGGCAUAGGCUUUCAGGAGGCCUCUCACAUAAGGCUGCAGGUCGUCUGGGGAUACAGCUUCAGGGAUGCCGCGCAGUCUCAGGUUAUUCCUGCGUGACCUGUCUUCUUGAUCAGCUAUACGGGUUUCGAUGUUUUCUAUUUUGAGGUGUAGGGCUUGCAGCUGCCCUGCCAUGUCUGCUUGCACCGUUGUGAGUGCCUGGCAGUGUUGUUCUACUGUGGCAGUGCGGGUUGACAGGUCUCUCACCUCUUUUUUGAUUUGUUCUGCCGUUUUUUGCCAGGUGCUGAUUAGUUUGGUUGCCAUUGCUUCCAUGGCAGUUUCAAAGUGUCCUCUUGUGAGGUGUUCAGGUGGAAGGGGUUCUGCAGGCUGCGUUGGUGUGUAUAGGGGAUCUGGGCCUUCCGCGCCAUCUUGGGUAUAUUCCCGCGCGGCGUCCGCCGUGGAUGCCUGUUUCUGGCCGAAGAAGUUAGUUUUUUCGGCUUUAGUAGAAGCCUUCUUCGUUUUGGAGGUUGUCAUAAUGCCUGUCUCGGUUUUUCCGCGUUCAGCUCGUUAAAUUUGCGGUUUUGUUGGAGCCCAUGUGCCGGAGCAGAUUACCGAGCGUCCAUCUUGCUCGGCGGUUAGCCACGCCCCCCCUAAAUGCAUUUUAAAGGCCCACAAAGCAUCAUGGGAGUUGUAGUUAUACAACAUCUGAGGAUCUACCUUUUUGGGCACCCCUGCUCUAAAGGACUAAACAAAGACUAAGCACUACAAGUGGAGUAAUUGGAGCAAUCUGACUGCCUAAUAUUUAAUGAUAAGCAGAUGCACACAGGGUAGAUGGUUCAUUGGUUCAUGCCCAAAAACCUGAUGGUUCACUACAGGUGUUUUACAAUCUCAUGCUAUUCUGACGGAAAACUCUGAACCUGACACAGUGGUGCAUGCUCAAAUGUCUGGUGCUUUGAUAUUGUAUAAUAUGACAUCCUCUAAGCAUGUGGUUUAUGAGGUAAACCCAAAACCUGGGGAUAUGAUUAUUAACAUUUUCUGUUAAUAAAGGUAAAAUGCAGAAAGUGCUAUGCUGUAUAUCAUUUUCAAUUUUGUAUCAUCUGUGAUUUCUUCUCAGCAUUAAUAAUAUCACAAAUCUCCCGCACCAUCAAAUUUUGCUUCCAGUGAAACAUUCCUUCAGUGCUGUCCUCUCUGCGUAAGUGAUAAAAUAUGUUUUUAAAUAAUAAUGAUAAUAAUUUUUACUAUUAUUAUAUAUAAAUAUUGGAUUCUUACUAGUGUUCAGUUGAUUGUAUUUGUUGCACAUGUUUGUACUAUCUAUUGUAACAUUUAAGACUCAAGAGAGAUGCACAUAGAUAGAUAGCAGCAAUACACUGAAUCCAUUGCAUCCAAUACACACACUCUGCAACCACUGUACACUACAUCCAUUGCAUCCAUUACACUGCAUCUACUACACUGCAUCCACAACACAAACACAGACCCCGCACACACUACAUUGCAUUCACUACACAAACAUAGACACUGCACACACUACACCAACACUGCAGUCUGCACCCACUACACAGCAUCCAUUACACAAACACAGACACUGCACCCACUACACUGCAUCUACUACACAUCCACUACACAAAUGCAGACACUGCAUCCACUACACACUCUGCAUCCACUACACCAGCAUCCACUGGAUCCACUGCACAAACACACACUGCAUUCACUAUACACAUGCACAUGAGGCAUUCAUUAUACAUACUGCAUUUCCUACACACACUGCAUUUCCUACAAAGACACUGCAUUUACUACACACACUGCAUAACAUGAAAUUUUAAGUCAAAAUAGUCGAACUGGAAAAAUUAUCUAAGUCGGCUAUGAUUUCACUUCGCCCACUCUGGCCUUACAUUUAAAAUUCAUUUUGAAAUUCCUUUUAAUUGUCACUUUCUUUAGUGAAUAGCCCGCUAUAUGUUUCCCUGGGUAUCCUCUCCUUCUAAUGCAGGUUGAUUUGUAGUUUAGAUCAUUCAAUACUAUCAAUGUUUUUUCUGGAGUGUGAGGUAUGGCUAUGGAAACUAGUUUAUGGUGCUGUAUUCUGCAAAACAAUUUUUUUUUUUUUUUAUGCAAAGAUUAUAAAGAUUUGAGCAUGCAAAAAAUACCUCAGCAGCUCAGAGCCAUAUGUAUAUUUAAUAUUUCCUGACUUAUUAUCUCAAGAAAUUAACUUGUCAACUCGAAAAAACAACUAGUUUUUUCGAGAUAACAAGUUAAGAAAAAAUUAACAAAUUACAUGGCCUCUCUUGUAUUCUUUAAAAUACACCGUAUAAAUGAAGCUAAAAUCUACCAAAUGCAUUAAAGUUGCAUUGGUACUUGAAGUGUCCUUGAAAUAUUGGAGAGUUUCAAAUGUGCACUUAACUGCAUUGUUAGAUCCCACAUGUACCCCUGCAAGCAGUUAGGAAAUCUACACUGUCAUAUAAGGAAAUUAAAAGGAUUUUUUACUGUAAGAACAAUCAGGAUGUGGAAUUCUCUGCCUGAAGAAGUGGUUUUAUCAGAGUCCAUACUGAUGUUCAAACAGCUACUAGAUGCAUACUUGCAAAAACAGAAUAUUCAAGGAUAUCAUUUUUCGAUGUAUGGUAACAACUGCUUGAUCCAAUGAUAAAUCUGACUGUUUGUUGCAAGAUUGGAAGUGUUUCUAACUGGUUUUUUUUUUUUUUUUUUUGCCUUCUUUUGGAUCAACCUAGAUUUCAGUAAGGCUUUUGACACUGUUGCACAUAGAAGGCUUAUUAAUAAACAUCAAUCUUUAAGUUUGUAUUCCAAUAUUGUUGAAUGGGUAAGGCAGUGGCUGAGUGACCUGCAACAGAGGGUUGUAGUCAAUGGAAUAUAUUCAAUGCUUGGACUUGUCACCAGUGGGGUAUAUCAGGGAUCUGUACUUGGACCCAUUCUCUUUAAAGGACCACUAUAGUUAAAGGAUAACUAUAUUUUGGGCAGACUAGAUGGGCCGAAUGGUUCUUAUCUGCCGUCACAGUCUAUGUUUCUAUAGUGCCAGGAAAACACUCGUUUUCCUGGCACUAUAGUGCCCUGAGGGUGCCCCCACCUGCAAGAGCUGCGCGCGCAUUCAGCCAGUCCAUAGGUAAGCAUUCUCAAUGCUUUCCUAUGGACGCUGGCGUCUUCUCACUGUGAAAAUCACAGUGAGAAGCACACAAGCGCCUCUAGCGGCUGUCAAGAGACAGCCACUGGAGGCUGGAUUAACCCUAUUAAAAACAUAGCAGUUUCUCUGAAACUACUAUGUUUAUAAAAAAAAUGGUUAACUCUAGCUGGACCUGGCACCCAGACCACUUCAUUAAGCUGAAGUGGUCUGGGUGCCUAUAGUGGUCCUUUAAUAUUUUUAUUAGUGAUAUUGCAGAAGGUCUUGAUGGUAAGGUAUGUCUUUUUGCUGAUGAUACUAAGAUAUGUAACAGGGUUGAUGUUCCAAGAGGGAUCAGCCAAAUGGCAAAUGAUUUAGGUAAACUAGAAAAAUGGUCAGAAUUGUGGCAACUGACAUUUAAUGUGGAUAAGUGCAAGAUAAUGCAUCUUGGACUUAAAAACCCAAGGGCAGAGUACAGAAUAUUUGAUAGAGUCCUAACCUCAACAUAUGAGGAAAGGGAUUUAGGGGUGAUUAUUUCUGAUGACUUAAAGGUAGGCAGACAAUGUAAUAGAGCAGCAGGAAAUGCUAGCAGAAUGCUUGGUUGUAUAGGGAGAGGUAUUAGCAGUAGAAAGAGGGAAGUGCUUAUGCCAUUGUACAGAACACUGGUGAGACCUCACUUGGAGUAUUGUACACAGUACUGGAGACAAAGGUUUAAAAAUAAUAUCAGGAAGUAUUACUUUACUGAGAGGGUAGUGGAUGCAUGGAAUAGCCUUCUAUUUUAGUUUUGCCCAGAAGCUAGCGAAUAACUGAUCAAGCUGCUCUAGUAUGUGUUCAGUUGCACCUUGUGGGGCCCCAUUGGGGAAUAUCGUCAGUGUCCACAAGGAGGUAGUGCGUACACCAUCUUGGGGUAAUUGGCUAUGGGGAGAACUUGUGCAGUAUCGCUGUUUCAUGUCUGCAGAGGUAACGGAAGCAAGACAGGCAGUGGGGACCUGGAUACCCCACUGGUCCAAAGGGGAGGGGGUGGGAGACAGCAGGAUAUAGAGUCCCCACAGUCGUCCAAACAGCUUGGAGAGUGGCCGCCUCUCCUCUCUCCUCUGCUUCAACAUGAGUCAGACCUCGAGUCGGAUAAUUCAGUGCUGGGAAGAUUACAAGAGGGAUAGUACUCUUAACUUGUGGAUCGCAUACAGUGGUCCAAGAACUAAUUGGUCUGGGAUUAAUCCAUGUUUGUCGGUGCCAGCCGCAGGAGCUCUAGCAAAACACUUCUGGUCUGCUUGGCAGUUAGGCUCUGCCCCCAAGAACAGUUUUUAUGUAUAGGAUUUAAAUGGUACUGAUUACCGCAUUGCUUGCCCAACACUGGAAAAUUUAACUUGUUAAAAGUGUACUAUUUUUCUUCCUGGGUUAUGGGCACUGGGCACGGCACUUUGAUUAUGAUUUAGCACGCUUUGAAUUACAUGUUGUUAUAAUUUUUUAUAUCUAUUUUCUGCUCCAAUGUCUAUCUAGUUAGUGUACCAAGGGGAGAGGCUAUUUAAUUUCAUUAAUACCCACUAUUUUUGCUGGUGAUAGAUUUUUUACUUUUUACUCUCUACCUAUAAACUCUGAUAGCAUUUAAUCCUCUGGGUAUCAAGUAGGAUACAAGUAUAUACAUUUCUGACAACUUGACCUAGCUGUUCGCUAUCACUUAAAUCUGCUAUAUCCUAUUAGAUACUUGAUUGACACCCCUAAGGAAUACCAGUGAUUUACUGAUAUACCAAGUACGUUUAGGGGGAAAGGGAACUAGUCUGUGUAUUGAGCCACUAGUUCAUUAAGAUUUACAAUACACAGAUUCAUAGGAUAUAUCUGACCAAGAGAUAUGUCACUAUAUAACACUAGAUAUAUGAACAGGGGGAUGUUCUCUUACACUAAGAGCCAUAUCUAAUAAAGCUCAUCUGUAUAUAUACUUGGAUUCCACCUGAACCUAAUGAUUCUGAGUUGUUAUAUAUUUGUCACAUAGGAGCAUUGGGAUUUUAUUUACUGUUUUUUUCCUUCAUAAUUUUUUUCACCAGAUCCCAUUUAUACUACAUAUUCACCUAAUUGUAGGUAUUUUUAUGUUGGUACAGUUACUAUUUCAUAACUACUUUAAUCUCCAGGUGAUACAGUGACUUCUAAACACUAUGUGCUAGGAUUCUAUGUAUCUAUUUGUUUGUUCUUUUUUUGUCUCUAUUUUGGGAACUACACUAUUUUUCUGUGUAUAAGACGCCCCCAUGUAUAAGACAACGCCUAUUUUUUUGAGCCCAGAAUUAAGAAAUCAGCAUUUUAAAAAUCAAGUAGAACAACUUUGAUAUUUUAGAGAUGACUUCUGAGGAGAACAACACACUUCUGAUUCUCAUGACUCCCCUGUGCUACAGUACUCUGUGAAGUUAAUGGCUCUAUAGUGCAUGCUGGGAGACUACAGCUCCCACAAUACAGCAGGUGGUGUGAGGGCAUGCUGGUACAUCACAGUAGUAUUCCCUCUGCUCUCUGACCCCAUUUCCUCCCCCAUAAAUAUAAAUCAGAAAGCAAGACCUACCUGAGGUGGAGCAAACCUUAAUAUGGCUGCUCCUUUUAUGGUGUGGCAUGUCUCCUGAGCUCCGUUGGUGGCAGGUGCUAAUGUCUGCUGCAGCUCCCACACAUAUAGGGACCUCUUCCUACUUGCCACAGCAAUCAGAAGUAGAUCGGCGGAAGGAAGGCCAGGUAUAUGUGUGGCCGUGGCACACUGAAAUGCGACAGACGCCAUCUUAUCCCCUGCAGUGACAUUCCAUGUAUAAGCAGACCCGCAAUUUUAGACUAAACAUUUUUUGAAAAAAACAUAAUCUUAUAUAUGGAAAAAUAUGGUAAUGUUUAUAUUUUCUCCUAUAUAACUGCUAUAAACAUGGCUAAUUAAUGCCAUAUCACUGUUCCCAAUAGACUGCAAGUACUCGUUGUGACCAUAAACCAAGAACCAGCACGAAAUCAAGAGAUUCAGUAUACCUUUGAUGUAAGUUCCUCAGGUAAACUUUACAUUAAUGCCAUUGAUCCGAACCUUUUCAUUUACCAUUUGAAUUGUUCUCUCCAAAGGUUAGCACAGAAAAUCAGUAUGACGCGACAAUAGUUCUAUCUAUCCAAGUUCCUGUUACAAUGCAAAGUGUCACUAUUUCUUCUGUAAAAAAUAUCCAAAAGACUCAGGUAAGUGGUCUUUUUUUUCCAGUUUUCUAUCUAUUCUUCCCUUUCUUCCCUCAUUGUUUUGUGGCAAAACAUCUUAAAAUUGAACAUGUGACAUAAUCAUCUGAAUUUCUGAAUUGUUGGAAAACUAAACGGAAACGAAUGGAUCCUUAACUAAUUGAAAUUAAUUGUUUCAAAUCCAUUUGUUUCAAUAAGGAUAGUAAAUUAGGAAUAUAUACUAAAACAAUUGAAAGACCAAAAUUAAGAAAAGAGCUUUUCUUAAUUUUGUUUUUUCGUCAGUAUAGCAGAUAACGCCUUAAAUUGGUACCCUUAUGUGGGACUGCCAUAUUUAAGGACACUGUUUUGCAGAUAGCUCCCUUAUUUCAUAAUUUGUAUUUUUAUGGCAAUCUAACAUGUGGAUAGCAAAUUAUGGAGUUAUCUACAAAGCAGCUGAAAGAUCAAAAUUAGGAGAAAAAAAUAAUUUAAUUUUGAUCUUUCAGUAGUUUAACAGAUAACUCCCUAAAAAGGUACAUUGUAACUCUUCGUAAAGUUGUGCCUGCCACCUUCAAUCAAUUUCACGGGUAUCACGGGUAUCAGGAUUAAAAAAAAAUUAUGACAUUUUCAUACAAAAUUUGGUUCUUUCGAAUCAAUAUUUUCCAAAUUUCAGACUAGCCAAAAUUAAAAAAUUAUCAACAAAACAAGACAAAACUUCAAUGACUAGAAACACAUUUUCCUGUAUAAUAAAUACAUGUAUUAGGAGAUUAUUUCUACAGUAACAGUACUGGCGCAAAACCCAUAAUGUAUGCUUUGAUUUUCAUGACUAAAAUUAGUAAUAAUGUUCUAAUUUUGCCAAUUCUCUACCAUGCAUUACUGCUAAAAUUAAACAGUGUUUUUUGUACGUAUGUAUGAAAUAUAUUUGAUAUCAGACUGCUAUAUCUACCAAAUAGAGAAUACCAGUCAUGCUAUCAAGUUUUUUUUUUUAUAUUAAUUUUGUUGUUAAUACAGAAACACCAUGAGUAAUUUGCCAUAUGGAAUAAUAUGGUGUUAUAUUAUGAAAACCUCUCCUCUGUCCUAUUGUACUCUAGGGACUCUAUAUUUGAUUAAAAGCGACAGAAUGUUCUCAGUCUACAACUUCUAAAUUGCUUCCAUGUUUAUUAUACCCAUUACUGCAACUCUAAUUGAAAUACUUUGCUAUCUAUUAAAGGGACACUAUAGACACCCAUACCAUAUAAUGUCAUUGAAGUGGUCUAGGUGCAAUGGCCCUGUCCCCUUAACCAAGCAAUAUAAAACAUUGUAGUUUAGAGAAACUGCAAUGUUUUCAUUGCAGGGUUAAGAGUGCCUCUAGUGGCUACCACGCUUUGCAUUGAAGCAUUGAUUCAAUGCUUUCCUAUGGGGAAGGUCUAAUAUGCACACAUCGCGCGCCCCGCAUGCACAUUAGGUACCCCCAUUGGUGUGACAUCACUUGAGUGGUGGGUGGGGGCCCGAAAGUAUAAUUAAGGGGGGAUACCUAUUGUCCUCCCCCCCCAGCCCCCACCCCUGAGCGGCGGGUGGGGGCCCUAAAUAAGGUGACUAGGGGUCCCCCCCCAGGUGACUAGGGGUCCCCGAACCCCUAGUCAACCCCUCCCAAAAAAAUGUAAUAAAUCCCCCCUAAUAGUGAGGGGGGAACAAUAACUAAGUAUCUGAAAAAGAAGAAAUAAAACUUACCAUUUGAUGUCUUCUUUUUUCAGCCCCCAAAAAAGGCCAAAUAAAAAAACAUAAUACCCAUCGCACUUUGAAAAAAAAAAAAAAAAGACCAGAGUGCACAAAAAUCAUACGAAAAAAAACCCCCAGACGCUGAAAAAGUAAUCCAUCUUCACGGAGGGCACCGCACAGACUGAGCUCCGCAGGGCAGGGGAAGGCUUAUAUUAGUAUUUAGGGCCCCCAUCUGCCGCUCAAUGGUGGGGGCCAGGGUGAAGGACACUAGGUCCCCCCUUAUUGAUAUUUAGGGCCCCCAUCUGCCGCUCAAUGGUGGGGGCCAGGGUGAAGGACACUAAGUCCCCCCUUAUUGAUAUUUAGGGCCCCCACCUGCCGCUCAGGGGUGGUGACCGGGGGGAGGACAAUAGGUCCCCCCCUUAUACUAAUUUAGGGCCCCCACCCACCACUCAGGACCAAUUUAGGUCUUUCAGCCUUUUGGUAGAUAGCUCCCUAAUACCGUGGGAAUUAGGGAGUUAUCUACUAAGCGGCUGCAAGAGAACAUUCAAAGUGCCGAAUUUCGGAAUGCCGAGCCGAACCGAACCGAAUAUUUUACCCAUGCACAUCCCUACUGUAUCUAUUUCUAGCUAUUUGUAUUUGAUCUGCUGCAAAAUAUAGCAGCUGCACAAAAAUAAUGAGUGGAAUUAUCUGACCAUUUAAAAACUCAAAUGGUAUAAUUAAAAUCGAGAGCUGUAAUAUAGGGGUGAUUUAUACAUGUCUGUUUAAACAACCUAAUAAUUUAUUUUCAGAACGCAACACAGUGUGAGGACGUUACAAAGUUGUGUGGACGUGAUCAAGUGAGUUUUUCAUCAAAAUGUGUGAAACAUUAAUUUAUAGGAAAAUACAAAAGACAAGGACUCAAUGCUGCUGGCAUGGUAUGCCUUUAUCUAAGUAAAAUUGUGAGAUAAUUCCAUGUUUGUACUUUGGGUCUGUCAAAAAAAGAUUAAGAACUACUGCUAUACACUGAAACAGACAUUUUCUUCCCUUUCAUUGGGUAGGAAUGUGGAGACAUCUUAUACCACAAUAUCAAAUGUAAUAUAACUGGACAGGAGCACAUCACUGUAACUGCAGACUUGUUCCUAUCAAAUAUGGCAAAGGUAACUAUAACUACUACUAUUUUUAUUAUUAUUUAUUUAUUUAUUAUAAAGUCUUCGCACAUUCCACAGUAAAUGGUAUUUAUCAUAUGCAAACCAAUAUACUGGGAACCCUUACAUAGAACACAUACAAUCAAAUAUCGAUACGUACUAGACGAGAGGUUUGCACUUACAAUGUGGCAGUUAAUCCUGUAGUUCCUAUCAUGUGUCAGUGGAGUCUCUAUGUUAAAAAGGAACUUUUCACGAUGUCUCAAUAUAUGUAUAGCAUAUUUAACUUCAUAUUACCAUAUGCCUUUCUAUAACUCAAAUGGUAAAACUAAACAAUAUUAAUGUAUUGAUUGACUAAACCUUCUUGUCCAUCAGCCCUCGUAUUACUUUGUAAGCUCUCCUUUCCCAAUUGGUCUUUACAUUUUCCUAAUAUGCCUCUAUUGUCCACCAGCUCUCAUAGUUCCCAUAAGUUCAUAACUUCCAUAGAGUCUAUUUCUUUCAAUAGUGCCUCAUCCACAAAUGACUGCCAGCCAUCAGUUCCGUUCCUCAUUCUCGUAAUUCCACCAUGAUCCUCUGCCAGGCCGGUGCAAGGAUUCUUGCCGACCAAGGCAACAAUCCAUUUUGCCAGCCCCUCAUGAAGGCAACUACAUUCUCUCACAGGUUUAUUCCCUAAAUUCUGCAAUGAAGAGACAUUUAGGGAUGAAAACACACUGCAUAGAAACACUCAUCCAGUAUAUGCAUCCAUAUACACACACUGCCUAAUACAUCCAUCCAUCCAUCCACACAGACUGCCUAUUAUAUACAAUCAACUAUACGCACACAGCUCAAUACAUAAAUCCACACACACUGCCAUACAUUCAUACACUCAUACUGCCUAGUGCAUACAUCAAUACACACAUACUGCCUAAUGCAUACAUUAAUAGACACAUUCUGCCUAAUAAAUAUAUCCAUGCACCCUUUUUCAGUGCAUUUGGUAGUAUUUAAUUUAUAACAAUGUUACGAUUUCAUUUAUGUUACAGUGAACUUUAAGUAAAACAUUUUUUCAGUUUAAUAUAGAAUUAUAUUAAUAUAUAUUGUAAAUAUUAUUUAAUAUAUAAAAAAAAGUAUAUAUUUACAUGGUCACACACACACAGAGAGACAUACACACACUGUCACUUGCACACAUACAAAGUGUCUCUUACACAUUUUCACUAACACACAUUCACUGACAUAGUGUCAGUUACACACUUUCACUAACACAAACACUCUCACUGACAUACACAGUGUCAUCUACACACUUUCACUAACACACACACACUCACUGACAUACAAUGUCACUUACACACUUGCACUAACACACACACUAUCACUGACAUACCCAGUGUCACUUACACACUUUCACUUACACACGCCCUCUCACUGACAUAAGGAGCCGCUGGCCCAGCACACCAGCCCCAGACAGCUGCAGAGCAGCCAACCAGGAAAUAUCCCGGUGGACACCCCCCAGAGGCCUGCGCCCAGGCGAAUGCCUUAUUCGCCAUAUGGUAGCGCCAGCCCUGGCCUCCCUUCUACAUCUGCCCUCUAUUUCUUUAUUAGCUUGUCUUCUCCAUUCACCCACAUAUUCCUCUAAAGGUUCAUCAUCUCCACUUAGUUUCCUUGAUCAGGCCUCCACCACAUGCUACUCCCAGCAUUUAUUUUUCUCCAUCAACCCCCUUCUCAGUUACACUCUCUAUGACCCCAUAUACUACCCUAAUCUACAGGCCCCUACUCCAUAAAACUGCAAUCCAGUAGCACUGCUGUUUCUCUUCAUGGACUCCUCUCAAAAAUAAGCAGCCCACCUCUUAAAAAGUCCAGUCCUUCCUAUUCAGUCCCACCAGUGAUAUUACAACCUAACUGGAGUCCCUUAAUACUCCAGCAUCUGCCAUAUUUCACAAUGCACGGAAAAUUGAUGCACAGAAAAUGGGAGAUAGUGGGCUCACAGGGAUCAUUUAGUGGAGGAAAGUAGAAAAUCUAAACGAAUCUACCUGCCACAGGAAGGUAAAAUGUAGCUGUGCACUCCCUCUACAACUGAAAUGUAUGAAGUUCCUUCUGAAUUAAUCAUGAGUGCCCUUGGUAUGAGGGAGAGGGUACCAGCUUUAAAUUAAAAUAUAAGCUAAUCACAGGAGGUAGCUGAUAUAAUAAAAGCACUUGUGUCCCGUAAAUAUGCUGGGCACUAACUGGACUAUUCACUGAACCUGUUCUGGUAAACUGAGGAAUGGCUUGCAAAAUAUAAUACCACAUGACCAAGGAAGAAAAAAAAAAAAAAGACCGCUUAGCACCGUAUUGUAAUAAACCACUAUGUUUCAAUUAUUUGUAAUUAAAGAUUACUUUACUUGACGUUUGUCUUUUGUGGGGUUUUUUAUGUUGUAGAUAGUAGAGAAUACAAAAAAGUUUCUGGUCACUGGUGAAAUUAUUUAUGACAAGAACCUGUUUGUGAAUUUGGAGAAUUCAGAAAAAGCACAGGUGAGUUUCCGAAAUGUUCUCAUAUUUGGAUGGGCUUGUUGGGAGGUAUCAGAAGCAAUGUUAAUUUGGGAAUCCAAUUUCAAGUUAUAGUUAUAGUCUUUUGACUAAAAAGCUGUUUUAGUGGUAUUUUAGUCAUCUGAAUUGUUUUAGUUUUAGUCUAAUUUUAGUUGACUAAAUCUCCAGUAGAUUUUAGUCGACUAAAAGUCUCUAUCUGUCUCUUUUUCCCCUUCCAUAGCCCCUCUGUGUCUCUUUGUGUCCUCCUAUCUCCUCUAGGUGUCUUUCUCUCAAGCCCUGGUCUGUCUCUUUUGUCCCUUCUGCGGCCCCUCUGUUCUUUUUUUAUUUUUGGCGGCCAAUUUCUUAGCUUUAGUCUAGUUUUAGUUGACUAAAUUUAAAAAAAAUGAGUUGGCUAAAAUUUGACUAUAAUAGUUAGUCGACAAAAUUAACACUGAUCAGAAGUUGUAUAUUCUUCUCUGUAACAUAGAUAGCAUUAUGUAACUUUGUUCAACAUUUGAAGUAACAUUUUUGCCACAGUUUGAGAGCCACUGCACUAGCAGAUGCAAUAUAUUAUAUAUAUAUGCAAUUUUAUGAUUCACCUGGCCUACUCUCUUGUGUAAACCCAUUUUUCAUUACCCAACAGAUAUCUGUCAUGCUUCAUAAGGAUAUUCCGGUUAAUCUUUUGCCAGUCAUGAUUGGUAGCUCAAUUGGAGGAAUUCUUCUUCUGCUUGUUAUUGUGGUAAUACUUGUCAAGGUAUGUAUUUAUUUUCCAAACCACCAUACAAUAUUUAGUCACAGUAUUUUACUAGAAUUGAGAUAAUGAAAACAGAGAGCUCUUUAUAAAUUAGUCAUUGUUGAGCAAUGAGACUCUAUACUUAAAAGUAGGAGUUACUCACAAUAAGAUAGAUUAUUGUAGGAGAAUUUUUUUUCAGUUGCCUUUUGUCAUAUCCUUUUGUGUAAUAUGUCUAAUUACCCCCUCCCUCCCCCCCAAAAAAUGUAAUCACAUGUGUUUGCAUUUCUGUAUCUUAUUGAAUUUCAAGCACUUUGCUAUGGUAUCAUAAAUGUGUGAUGUCUAAAGAUUACAUAGAAAUAUGAGUUUAAAUAUGUGAUGGGAGAGAAAAUAUGGACAGUUUUUAAAAUCUUUCCUGUUAGUAAAUAAGUCGUGACUUCUAGUUAAGAAUAAAUUCAAGAAUUUAUAGAGAUAUACAUAUAUAUAUAAUCAAUCAUAUUCUUUUUGUCAAAACUGCUAAAUUGGAACAAAUUGGAGCUAAAUAGUAACAUUUCAUCCACAAAAUGAAAAGCAUUUAUAUCUUGACAUCUCUUGUUGUGUUUCUUUUUUGUUUUAGUGUGGCUUCUUUGAAAGAAAAUACAAAAAUUUUGAUGAACAAGACGACUAG